CUUUGAGCAAGACAGCUGAUCCAUUGGAGAAGCUGCUCCAUUCACCCAAGCAACAAGCUGGCAAACACACCUCCUGCAAGGGAGAACCAGCUUAGCUUUUCUACUCAAUCAGGUUUCUUUCUUUUCCUUCUCCUUUUCCAUCUCCUUUCUUUUCCUGCUCUGGUCUGGAAAUGGACGCCAAAGAGCCACCUGGGAAAGAAAGUGUGGGGGCCAGGAAAAAAAACUUGACCUUCAUAAGGCACAGGCUGUACAUGCUGGAGAGGAGGAAGACAGACACGGUGGUGGAGAGUCAUAUUUCUGGAGACCACAACAGCUCUGGGACUUUGAGGAGGAGUCAGUCCGACAGGAGUGAAUACAACCAGAAAUUACAAGGUAAUAAAAAUGAGGAGAGGAAGGGCUUGAGGCUGCAAUCCUAACCCUACUAACCUGGGAGCCAGCCUCAUGGAAUUCAGUGAAUCUUUACUUCUGAGUAGACCAGGCUAGGACUGCAUUGUGACCCACAUUUCUGAAGUACUGGUCUAACUAUUGGAAAACAAUUCCAUACCAGAGAAGCUUGCAUGAUGGUGUUAGCUGUGAUGGAAGGUGGUGAGCAGGUUAGAUGUGGUGAGAGCUGGUGGAAAACAUUUUUAUGAAAUAGAUCUUAUUAAGCACUUGCCGGUAUUAUUGUUGUUGCUGUUGUAAGAAAUAGGUUCUUCACUGUAGCACCACUAAGCUAGGAAAUACUUUGAAGGGAACCUAGUUCCUCUCACAUUGAGGGGAAGUGCGUGAUUAAAUGCAAUUUUGCGGCAUUAUAACUGUCAUAUUGCUCCUGCUGUAACACUUUGUAAGUAACACAAGGGGCAAUUUUAAUGCAUUGAAGCCACGCAUUGAAAUAUACAGACAGGGUGAGAUAUUUUGUAGGCAGCCUUAAAUAGUAGGAAGUUUGUCUUGUGGGGCGGGGGGAGAUGCUUUGAUUUGGUUAUUUUCUUGUUUGGAUUAGGAACAGGUGAUCUGAGACAACAUACAUUUUCCACCCCUGCACACCCCUGAGGCCACACAUAAGUACAAUGACAUUUUAUUUUACACAUAUAUAUUCCCUUUGGGCAGAAGGGUGUGUUUUCUCUCCUGCAAACUGCAAUCCCCAGUGCUAUUUAUUGCACAGCUGUCUCCGUGAAUUCAGCAGAACUCUGAUCUCCCAGAGUGCAGGGAGAAAAAACAUGGUUCCUAGGACUUGUAGCAGAUUUGAAAUAAUGAAAAUAAAGUGCCAUUUCUGAGCAGGGAAAAUAAAAAUGCAGAACCAUCUGUGCACCAUUAAAACGACUUCCUAGAGAACUAUCCUCUAAAAGAGGGCUAGGCUAUACGAUCAACAUGCCAGUUCUACGUAUGUUUACCUGUAAGUGUGCAUAGGAUUAUCAGCAAAAUGGUUUAAAUAACUACAGUGAAAUUUCUUUUUGCUUCACUGGAGGAAUGCAGUCUGUAAAACUACACUGGUAAUACGGAACAGGUUUGGUUAUGCUGCCCUAAGGCCAUGUCCCUAUAGGCUUUCACACACACCCCUUUCCAGGGAGAACUAGAUCUCUGUGAUGAACAAUAGUCCAUGUUGUUCUUAGUCCCCCCUCCCUCCCUCCAGCCCUUUUAAAGGUUACUGCAGACACGGCAUUUCCUUAUAUGCAAAGGCUACCUGGCAGAACACUUCAGCUGCACGGAACAUUCUUCUUAACACACAAGGAAACAGCAUGUGUGCAUUUGCUUGGUGUGUCAAGGGAAGGCUAUGUUGCUCUGCUAUAUAUACAGACCCAGUGCCGGCAGUGUUCUGCCCACCCCACCUUCCGCAAUACCUGUUCAGUAAUUCCAGGACGUACUUUCAUGUCAUAUGAUCUAGUUCCUGGUGAGCAGUAAAUAUGCCCCAGAGCUUACGUGCCCGUUGGACCUGGCCCAAUUUGCAUGGGAACUAGAUUUCACAACUUUGCCUAGCCUGUUAGUGGCAUUUUGUAAUUUUCUCUCGUUUGAUGUCGGGUGCUGAAUACGGUUGACCUUGCCAUUGAAACAUUCGACUUUACACUGCAACGCUAUGGUUCUAUGAUUCACAGUAAGCUUGUUUUAUUGUUCAAAGAGCAUUUCCUAUCAGGGCUGUCAUUCCAUAGAAGAGAGUCCAGUCAUUCAUUUGAUCACAUGAAAAAUCAAAUAGCCCCAUAGUGUGGGUUCCCUUGAUCAAGAUGCUCCCAGUGGAUAGUUCUCUGGGAAAGGAAGCCUUCCUUGCUUCCCUCACUUCUGGCUUCAGUUGCUGGAUACCAGGAGAGGACAAGGAAUGUGGAUGUUUUUGCUCCUUCUCUGUGCUCCUCUCACUGCUCGCCUAAAGAGGGCCUGCACAGACAAGCCAGGAGGGGGAAUAGCAGGGCCAGGAGACCCCAUGGAUUGGUAUCGGUCCCCCUACUGGGAUGUGAGCAUCAGCCCAAUGAUGCCAAAACCCAAUGGCCGACUUGAAGUUUCAAACAUAUAAGAGCUCCAUGAAUAUGCAUAUAGGUCAAGGGGCGGAGUCUGCUGCUGUAUACUGCUCUGCCAUGCACAUCCCAUUGUGUCCAAUGGUGCUUUAAAUACUUGCAUUUUAAAAAUAAUGCAAAACAACAUUUUUAAACCUGUGGCUUGAUUAACCUGGGUGCCUUCUUUAGUCAUUCAAGAUGUUUUCAGGCUACAUGCUUCCCCUUCAGUUAAGUAACUCAAUAAGGGCAACCUUUUGAGUUUCUGUAGUAUAUACCUGGGUAAGAUUGCACUGCAAAUCCAGUGAACAAGUGGGACUUUCAGCAAAAUGCUGCAAUGUCUUGUUCAGUGUCUGAGCCAGCCAGCAAUGCCCUCUUCAAGGAAACUUCAUUCCAUCCCUUCCCUCCAUCAGACACUUAGCCCUCAGUGCCCACUGAGCAUGCUCAGAUUUGUUGCUGGGUCCCUGCCUCUUUAGAUGGUACUUGGGGUGUGUGUGUGUGUGUGUGUGUGUGUGUGUGUGUGUGUGUUGCUGCGAAGCUUUGGGAUUCCCCUCUCCAAGUCAGCUGAUAUCUCCCUCUUGUUUGGGAUGGGGGAAGAACCAUUUUGGUGAUAUAAGGAUUGGCACCUGCAGAAUGACCUGGCUGUUAGUAUAUAGGAAGUUGCAAUUCUGUUGUUGUUGUUUAGUUGUGUCUGACUCUUCGUGACCCCAUGGACCAGAACACACCAGGCACUCCUGUCUUCCACUGCCUCCCGCAGUUUGGUCAGACUCAUGCUGGUAGCUUCGAGAACACUGUCCAACCAUCUUGUCCUCUGUUGUCCCCUUCUUCUUGCGCCCUCAAACUUUCACAACAUCAGGGUCUUUUCCAGGGAGUCAUCUCUUCUCAUGAGGUGGCCAAAGUAUUGGAGCCUCAGCUUCACGAUCUGUCCUUCCAGUGAGCACUCAGGGCUGAUUUCCUUAAGAAUGGAUAGGUUUGAUCUUCUUGCAAUCCAUGGGACUCUCAAGAGUCUCCUCCAGCACCAUCAUUCAAAAGCAUCAAUUCUUCGGCGAUCAGCUUUCUUUAUGGUCCAGCUCGCACUUCCAUACAUCACUACUGGGAAAACCAAAGCUUUAACUAUACGGACCUUUGUUGGCAAGGUGAUGUCUCUGCUUUUUAAGAUGCUGUCUAGGUUUGUCAGUUCUAUUAUGUAUGUUAUAAUAUACUUUGUUGCCUGGGUCAUCUCACCAAGACAUAGACAGAAACACACACUCAUACCUGGAUAAAAGUCAGAUCCAGUAGAAUUAAAUGGAAAUUUGCAUGUUUUUACAUGAGGUCUCAAAAACAAACAAAAAAACAAAAAAACCCACAAUGCUGGCCAUUGCAAUACUAACUUCUUUGCAUAGGUGGCUGUAGGAUUUUUUCCCCAGAAGGAAGGGGUGGACUGGCAGAUAAGUAAAACACUGAGGGAUGGGGGGAAACAGGCUAGUUUCUCACCAGAAAAAUAAGACAAACAGUGCUUGUAUAUUUUGCCUCAUAUCUCAGGUUCUACAAAUGAUAGAAACUUGCUCUGGAUCCCCACAAUUCUUUGUACUGCAUCUCCUCCUCCAUCCAUGCAUCUCUGAAAAGUGGUGUAGUUAUCUGUGAAACAUUCCUUAUUAAAAUUUAGAAAGUUUGUCCUCCAAGUAUGUUUCUGAAAUCUCUUUCAGUGGUUUACCAAUGCUGCUGUUGGACACAUCUCAAACUUCCCCCCUUUUCUACUUACUUUGACAGGUUAGUGUAAUUUAAGUGGACAAUCACCAUCUUUAAGCAGGCAGUGCACUACAGAGGUUAGAAAAAAAAAUACCAUUGGUCUGUGGGGAGUGGGGUAUAUGCAACCCAUCAAGGCAGCAACUUUCUUUCCUAAGCUAAAGUUUAUAUAGGGCAGGGCCUCCCCCCCCCCCCCAUCUCUCAGCCCUUAGGGAUGCUGAUUCUUUCUUACUGGCUGCCAAAUUUCCUUUAACUCUGGAUGUUGUCCAUGCAGGUCAGUCGCACUUUCUCUUCAAUGGAUUUGUUUCCAUUAUUGAUGUCCUGCUGCAUGUGUAUAUAUAGCCCUUUUUCCUCAAUAGAAUCAAGUUACAAAUAGGAAUACAACAGCCUAUAAGGUUGAGGCUAUAAUUACAUGGGGGGGGGGGACGGACCAGCAGGUAGGUAAAAAAUAUUUUCUAAGGGCCUUUAUUUCUUCCCUUUUAAUACUGAACUCUUUAUUAACAUGACACGGCAUGGUUCUUUUGGGUAAAAAAAGAAGAAGGUAAAUUUAACUGAGGUUGCAGUGACUACUGAUCUCUUGCCCCCUGAAAGAGGAAGCAGAAUUUCCAAGCAGGCUCAGAAACAAACUGGUGGAAUCAUAGCAUAGCAUUUGGUAUAAGGGAAUUUCCCUUAAAAAAAAGGGAAACGUUGACAGCUAUGAAUCAUAGCAUUGUUGGAAAGGAACACAAGGGUCAUACAGUCCAACCCAACUUUUUGCCCAACAUGGGGCUCGAAUCCACAACCUUGAGAUUAAGAGUCAUAUGCUCUACCGACUGAGCUAGCCAAUAGAAUUCUUUCGACACAGGUGAGAAGAGCUCCUUGGAUGAAAGGCAGGAUAUAAUAAUAAUAAUAAUUUAUUUAUACCCUGCCCAUCUGGCUGGGCUUCCCCAGCCACUCUGGGCGGCUGUCAAAAAUAAUAAUAUUAAAACACUGCAAUACAUCAAACUUUAAAAGCUUCCCUAAACAGGGCUGCCUUCAGAUGUCUUCUAAAAGUCUGGUAGUUGUUGUUCUCUUUGACACCUGGUGGGAGGGCAUUCCACAGGGUGGGCGCCACUACCGAGAAGGCCCUCUGCCUGGUUCCCUGUAACUUGGCUUCUUGCAGUGAGGGAACCGCCAGAAGGCCCUCGGUGCUGGACCUCAGUGUCAAUGUAAUAAAUAAAUUCUGUGACCACUAUUCUUUGGAGAUGCUGCAAACCCAUCUCACCCCAAAUUCCAACCCUGUAACUUUCAGAAAUGACUAUUGCAGAAUCCAUACAGGGAUCCUUUUAUGCAUUGACUUCAGAAAUUAUCACCCACUGAGAAGAGAAAAUGGUCAUCUGAAUCCACCAGAAAAAAAAAUCACAGUGAGGAUAUUAUUUCAUAUGUGCAAUUUUUCUUUCUUUCAUUGAGCUCUUUCAACACUCCAGAGAGCACUCGGUUAGCAAUUAAAAGACUCUAUGGUCAGGAAAUUGAAACCAGAUAUUUCCUGGAAGGGAUGCCUCUUUCAUAUCUAUUGCCAAAAAAAUAAUUCAUUGGAAAACAAAACCUGGUGUCUGGAGUUUGGAUUACCUAAUCAAUAAUCUGUCACUGGACCUGAUAGUAUCAGAGCACUUUCAAAUUUGGUGGCAGUUCAUGCAAGGUCACAGAGACUAUAAUGUUUCCUCUGUUCAAAUACUCUGGAAAUCUAGAUACACACGUAUUUUUAGAACUUCUUUAUGCCGAGCAAAACACGCUCAGGCGCCAUCUACGCUAUGAAUCAGUAUCAUACCGCUGUAAAUGCUUCUCCCAAAGCUUCAUGGGAAAUGUAGUUUGAUAAGAGUACUGAGAGUUGUUAAGGAUACUCCUAUUCCACUCACCGAGCCAGAAUUCCCAGAGUUCAGUGGGAAUAGCAAAUCGACAGUUAAACUACUCUGAGAAUUGUGGCUCUGUAAGGGGAAUAGGGGGACGCGGGUGGUGCUGUGGGUUAAACCACAGAGCCUAGGACUUGCUGAUCAGAAGGUCGGCAGUUCGAAUCCCCGCGACGGGGUGAGCACCCAUUGCUCGGUCCCUGCUCCUGCCAACCUAGCAGUUCAAAAGCAUGAAGUGCAAGUAGAUAAAUAGGUACCACACCAGCGGGAAGGUAAACGGCGUUUCCGUGCGCUGCUCUGGUUCGCCAGAAGCGGCUUAGUCGUGCUGGCCACAUGACCCGGAAGCUGUACGCCGGCUCCCUCAGCCAAUAAAGCGAGAUGAGCGCCGCAACCCCAGAGUUGUCCAUGACUGGACCUAAUGGUCAGGGAUCCCUUUACCUUUACCUAAGGGGAAUAGGGGUCUGCUAGCAACUCUCAGCACCCUUACCUACCAUGCUACCAAGGUCAUUGUGGCAGAUCUGACCCCUGACCCCUCCCUGACCCUGCUGCCAGCCCCACUGUGGCACUGGCAACCACAACCCUAUCUGCCACACACCUGAUGGCAUAAUUUUUUUGGGGGGGGGAACAGCUUUGUGGGCCAAAUUUUAUCCCUGGUGGGUCAUGUUUGGCCUGCUGGCCUGGAUGCUGGACUAAAUGGGCCAUUGGACUGGCACAUCUUCUUAUGUUCUCAUGUCCAGCAUCAUUGCUCCUCUGCCCUCCCAGAAUUCCAAGUAGCCGUGGGGUGGGGCAACAUGGGGGUUGGCUGUGUGGCUACAGAAGACUAAAUGUGGCAUGGCUCCAAGGCACCAAAUGGCAAUCUUUCAGCUGGCAAGCACAUAAGCCAGUAAGCUUCGGCAAACCAGGUGGUUCCAUGCCUUUCCCCCCACAAAGGAAAUAUUCAAAUAAUGGCCAUGUGUGUCUGUGUCUUUUUAAGUGGCAUGUCGCAUAGCUGGGUGCGCUUUCUGAAAGUUUGCGCACUUAAAAGGGCUUAUUUAAAUCCUUGAAUGGAAGAAUCCAUGCAGUGGAAAGACUGGAAUAUCCACACUCCUGGCGGCAGACCCUCCCUGUCCCUACACAGCCCCCAACACACCUCUUGCAAGCUGAUGCAUAGAGAGUUGCUGCAGAGUUUAGAGCUGCACAGCUUGCCAAGGGCUUUGCAAACACACACACACAUUCUCCUGCCACUCUCUCACUCAGAGAAUCUCUCACACACACCCCAUUACACCUGUGGAGGUAAGUGCAGAGAUUUACCUUGCAUGACAUGGGAAAUGGUUUGCUUUUUACUAUUGUUUUUAUUAUUCUAAUUUUUCCAAUAUACUUUUUUUUGUUUGCAAAGGACACAGGUAGCUUAUUUGGCAAUGUCAUCCCCUCGGGGAGAGCCUUGCAGGCAUGUAACCCGACACCACCAAGGACAAGCAAACCACCGAGCUCCUAUUGUAUUGCGUAAUGGCAAGGAGCCAAAAGCAAGGCUUCCCUUCCCCCACAUCCACCCUGCUGUGGAUGCAAAUAUCUAAUUGAGAGAGGUGGGUGUCUGGUGCUUGGAAUACGUGCUUUUGGGUACAUUACUCCAACUUCCAUGCCAUUACUAUCAAAUCAAGAGUAGGAUGCACAAGCUCUUGACUUGGAACACAGAAGCCCUUGACUGAGCUAGUUAGAAAACAAAUCACAUUAUCUGUAAAACACAGGGGAUCGAAAGGAAGGAUGGUCUCUUAUAGGGGACAAAAAUGACUGCUGAUUGGUGUGUUUUUAUUGUUCUGAGUUUUACAAAGGUAUUUUUAAAAGUUAUUGUUGUAUACAUGUUUAUAUUUUGUUGUGGGCUGCCUAGGGAGGAAGGAUGAUCUAGAAAUGUGACUAAUGCGUACAUAAACAAAUAAAUAAGAAAUACUUAGUGCCUGCAUCUGUCACACUGAUUUUACGUUACCUCUGAAAAUUUUUUUUAUUCAUAGAAGGUGAAUCAAAUUCUAUGGAUUUUUCAACACCGCCCUCAAAAGUUAGUAAUAUUAUAAAACAAUGCAAUUAGACAGAGAUCUGAUUUCCAAGGCCACACUAACCCCCUUUCAGUGUCAAUGGCAGCACACUGCAUCCAAAGAAGAGGGAACUGGUUUAAUUUCAUAUUUUUAAUUCAUGCAGUAUAACAUUGGGAACGUUACUUGUGCAAACAGUCCUUGUAUCAUUUAUUUCUGUAGUACAAAAGACGUGUAUGGUGCUUUAUAAAUAUACAAGGCAGGUCCCUGCUCCGAGAAGCUUACAAUCUAAACUCAGAUUGUGAAGGGAGGGAAGAAGCAAGGAGAUGAAAAUGUGCACCUGCUUAGGAUUCAUUUCAUUUGGAGGAUGAAUCAUAGAAUUGUAGAGUUGUAGAGGAUCAUCUAGUUCAACCUCCUGCAAUGCAUUCACCAAAAGAUAGAGAGGGCCUGGUGUUUUUUAAAAUACUUUUGUUGCUCUGGCAGGGCAGAGAGAUUAAAGCAGUCUCCUCUUGUGCUGCUGGACCUCCUUAAAAACCCAAACCAACCGUGGCCGACCCCUUCUCCAGUCCUGCCCUAUUUGGGGGGCUUACAUUGGCCGCCACCAAUGGGAAUGCAGCAGUGGUAGCCCAUUCAUAGCCUACGCCAUUGGCAGACCCAGCUGGAGUGUGUACAGAGAUGCUGGCACAGCCAGGUGGAAGGAAAUUGCUGCAUCCUAAUCCCCUCCAUCAACUCAAAUCAAAGGUUGGGUUGUUCUAUAAUGCGGGACGCGGGUGGCUCUGUGGUUGAACCACAGAGCCUAGCACUUGCCGAUGGGAAAGUCGGUGGUUUGAAUCCCCGCGACGGGGUGAGCUCCCGUUGCUCGGUCCCUGCUCCUGCCAACCUAGCAGUUCAAAAGCACAUCAAAGUGCAAGUAGAUGAAUAGGCACCGCUCUGGCGGGAAGGUAAACGGCGUUUCCGUGCGCUGCUCUGGUUUGCCAGAAGCGGCUUAGUCAUGCUGGCCACAUGACCCGGAAGCUGUACGCCGGCUCCCUUGGCCAAUAAAGCGAGAUGAGCGCCGCAACCCCAUAGCCGGACACGACUGGACCUAAUGGUCAGGGGUCCUUUUACCUUUAAUCCCCUCCAUCAACUCAAAUCAAAGGUUAGGAUUGUUUUAUAAUGCAGCAUAUAUGAGCUGAUAGCAAACUCAGAGUUGUCCUAGUGGGUUUUUAUGCUGUUCUGCAUUGGUGUGGUUGUGUGUGUUUUUCUUAGGAAAACAAAACCCUAUAGAAAAGAUGGGCAUCCUUCCUACCACUCUCAAAAGCAGUGGUACCUCGGGUUAAGUACUUAAUUUGUUCCGGAGGUCCAUUCUUAACCUGAAACUGUUCUUAACCUGAAGCACCACUUUAGCUAAUGGGGCCUCCUGCUGCCGCUGCACCACCAGAGCAAGAUUUCUGUUCUUAUCCUGAAGCAAAGUUCUUAACCUGAAGCAUUCUUUCUGGGUUAGCGGAGUGUGUAACCUGAAGCGUAUAUAACCUGAAGCAUAUGUAACCCGAGGUACCACUGUAUAUCAAAAUGAUGUGAGUCACUGCAUUUGAAAGGCAAGCCAAGCCAUGGUUUACUGUGUUGGAAACAGGCCGAGGUGAUCCUCAGGCUCUUAUGCUUCCUCAUACUUUCCUUUGGCACGGCUGUGAGAAGUUCAUAAGCUUUUGCUUAUGACAAACUAUGACUGAACUUCACCUUGGUUGGUUUGAAAGCAGCAAAAGUUGCUAGCCCUUACUGAUAUUUUUAAAAAAUAAAGAAAAAAACAGAAGCGGUGUUUGUUUCUUACAGAAAAAAUGGCACCACAAGCAGGGUCCUUGGGGCCGGUUGGCUCACCCCUGGAAAGUGAAGAACAGCUGAACAGGCGUCUGAUGGCUAGAAGGCACAAGAUAAUUACAGAAAUGGUUCAGACCGAAAAAGACUAUCUCAAUGAUCUGGAACUGUGUAUCAGAAUAGUGGUCGAACCCUUGAGAGGAAGGCAGGUAAGAAAGUCCUGGGUUAUCACAGCUGUGUUUUGGCAGGGACAGGUUUCUGAUAAAGAUAUUGAUUCAGUAUUACUCUGCUCAACAACAAUGAAUAGCAACUGAAUUCCCAUUAAGAAUUUCCUUUGCUUUUUUCCAUGUUCCUCUGACUUCUUUGUAUUUUUUAAAUUUUAUGUUACCUGAAAUAUGCUUAAUACCAGGCUUUUGGGACAGUGCAAUGGUUAUUUAUUUAUAUAAAUGUUUUUAUUGGUUGAUUGUAGUUUUAACUGUUUGCUAUACAGGUACUGAAUUUUGCAAUUUUAUUCCCCAGGGUUUUUUUGUGGACGGUGGGUAACAAAUAUGUUUAAUACAUAAAUGAUAAACAAAUGUAUUCAUCAUCUAGCGCAGGGUUUCCCAAACUUGGGUCUCCAGCUGUUUUUGGACUACAAUUCCCAUCACCCUGACCACCGGUUCUGCUAGCUAGGGAUGAUGGGAGCUGUAGUCCAAAAACAGCUGGAGACCCAUGUUUGGGAAACCCUGAUCUAGCGUACUCCAGGAGAGAUGAAUCAAGAGAGAAAUCUCACCCUACUGUCAUAAGAUGCUUGGCCCUCCAGAUGGUGUGGGACUCCAGCUCCCAUCAGCCCCAGCCAGCAUCCCAUCAGCGAUGAUGGGAGUUGUAGUCCAGCAACAUCUGGGGGACCACAGGUUCUCCACCUCUGAGUCAGGAUAUGGUGGACCUGUUCCCCAUUGUUUUGUUUUUUGUUUUUGCUAUGGGGGGGGGGACGCUCCACCAUUGUGGAUACCUUGAUGGGUAGAAAGCUCUUGCCAGUGAUGCUUCUGUUGGCUCUAGCCAUUGCUGGGCUCUGAUGUCAGCUGUGGACCUCCUAAAUGCAUUCCCCUGAGAGGGACCAGAAUCAGAGUUGCUGUAGCUAAUCUUCCCAUCACUUUUCUUUCAAAGGGGGACAUUUGUAAAAGAUCUGCUGGGCUGUAAUGUUUGGUGAAUCUGCUGUCUUCUGAUCUGCCAAGCUUCAGAUGUGUUGGCAGAUCUGCCAUAUCAUAGACGCAUCCUACCUGAACAUCCUACCUUAGGAUUGCUCUAGCUUUUUCUGGAUUCGACACCUUCUGAGGGUUAGGAUACUUCCUUCUCUUGGCUAUGAGCAGCCAAGGCAGAGUCGAGUUUGAAUGGGUGGUGGACAGGUGAGUUAGGGGUGGUGGUAUCUAGAAAGGGGUAGUCAUUCACUGUCUGGAGUGAAAACCACUGUAUGUCCUCAAAGGUAGUGCCGCAGCCUUGACUGAGUUCCAUUGCUGAGCAAGCACGGGUUAGGAGCCUCUGAGGAACACUUGCCUGAGAGCAGAAUCCACAUACAAAGCCUGACAGCCCAGAGGUCAGGCGUCCAGAUGAUCACAGAGCCAAGGGUCGAGAUGGAGACCAAGGUAGAGCUGGGAACCAAAGGCGUUGUUUCCGGCAUCUGACUACUGCUGAGAGUUCAGUUUAAGAAGCCCAGGACCAGCGGUUCUCAUCAGUGCCUCUUCUUCUGUGAAGGCUCAUCAGCUGCAGGUGGAGUCGCUCCGACUUCAUCCCCUUCAGGCUGCUGUUCAGUAGGCGAAGCUUACUUCUGGCUCAUGACGGAUAGUGUCAUGACAGACAGGUAGGAAAGCAGAAGUGGGAGGCCAUUUUCAGCCAAAGGAAAGCAUUCCCUUCCAGGCCCCCAUGGGCCAGAAGCAAAAGGAGAAGGAGAAGAACAUGUACAUUAUAUGGUUGUACAGUAGGCUAGUUAGUUUCUACAUACACACAGACAGACCCCUUUCUGCCAUCAAUCCAAGCAAGCAAGGGGCAUGACCCAGAGUCCAAGGACACGUCAUUGCCAGGCAAGAGCACUCAAGGAGAGUAAGAAGCAGGGCUCGUGAAGGGCUGAGGAGAGGAUGUGAUGUGGAAAGAGUCCUGAUCUCCCACCUCUGGACUUGAAGGGAAGGCCAAGGAAGACCUAAACUAGAAGAAGAAGAGGAGGAGGAGGAGGAGUUUGGAUUUGAUACCCCACUUUAUCACUACGCGAAGGAGUCUCAAAGGGGCUAACAUUCUCCUUUCCCUUCCUCCCCCACAACAAACACUCUGUGAGGUGAGUGGGGCUGAGAGACUUCAGAGAAGUGUGACUAGCCCAAGGUCACCCAGCAGCUGCAGGUGGAGGAGCGGGGACUACUGCUCUUAACCACUACACCACACUGGCUCUAUCCCAGACCCCAUCCCAGGCCCAGCCUGCAAACAUUUCUAGGCCAGAGGCGAGGGGAGGCAAUGGACUAUCACUGUUAUGCUUUCCCCAUGUCUCUGCAGUCUUGAGCAGAUCCCUGAAAGCCCACCAACCAUCAAGUUCCUUCUUCAAGCCCUAGCUGGUCCUACCAGUUUUGCGGACAAUGCGAUCCUUCAGCAACAUUCUUUCUAAAGCACUGCACCGUUCAGAUAAAGUCACCACGGCUCUGUGGACAGCAACUGUGGGAAAAUACUUUGCCGAGAAGCAGAACAAGUCCCGAGGGACUGUGGUUUAGACAGCGAAGCUAAUGGAAGUGCUUACUACAAUUAUAUCUCUCCAUGCAGAUUUUACUCCGCCGUUCUGUUGUUCAGCAGGGGCUUCAAAGCUGUCUAGCUACCAUUUAGACAGCAACAUGCUGUUGUUUUCCCAGAGCUAUCAAGGCAAAGCCCUGUUGGGAAUCCCAGCAUGCUCUGCGGGCAGGAGCUGUUUUCACCUGCUGGAAUACAGCAGGAGAGAUGGACAAAUUGCAACUUGUCAAUGAUCUGCACCACAAUUUCACUCUUAUAUCAUAGCCCACCUUGAAGCCUUGGCACAGAGUAUCCACAACUGUGUCACGUUACAAGAAUACCUCUUCCUUGACACAACUUUUUUGGGGAGGGGGUGUCGGUCCAGUAUAACUUUGAAACAUAUUUUUGCUGAUCAGAGAAAGCUCUAUUUAAAACGCCGACACCCAACAUGCUGACUUUUCUUUCUGUCUCUGGGUCAGUGCAGAAGUAACAUGUUGGCCCUUAACUGAAAUUAAGAGAUCUUGUGCACCCAACAGAACACGUAAAAGAAAGUCCUUCUUCAUCCAGCCCUUAGUUAAACUAUGGAAUUCCCGUGGAUGGCUUUAAAAUAAUCAUAACAUUGGAACUGACAUCCCAAUGGGAGUAAGACCCAUUGAAUUCUGUGGUAUUUAUUUCUGAAUUAACUUCCUACACACUGCAUGGGAUUGUGCUGUUAGAGGGACUACGGCCAAACCUACAAUUUGACAGCUGUACCCUCUGUUCAUUUCUUUUUAAUAAAGUGGCUACCAACUUAUUCUUCUCAGGACAAAUCUCAGGAAAUCUGCUAUUCUUGAAUGAAGAACAGAAUUUAGCUGAGACUGCUUUGAAGUUUCUUAUGCACUGAAAAUGUUACUGGGCUCUGUAAUCAAACAUUACUCCCACUGGCAAUUACUGCGGUGUAUGAUUGUUCCCAUUACUACAACGUGCAAUUUGAUUCUUUAGGGCUGUAUUCUGAAAGCGGCUGGGUAAAUACACAGUUCUGUUACUAAUGAAUACUAAUGGGCACGCAUGUUUGAAGGUGCUCACCUAUCUGCCAAAAUCAACACUAUUGUUCACGUCAUGCGUUGCUCCUUGCUGUAUGUUCCAUGAUUUUUGCAGGCUGAGUCAUUCUGCCUUCAUCUUAAAAGGCAAAAACAGAUGUGGGCAAAGGAGAGCUGGAUUCUUGUUUUUGAAUGAUUCCAAAGGAACUGUUUUUGAUGGGCAGCAGCUGAGAGCGUAAGAGAAGCAUGCUGGAUCAGGCCUGGUCUUACAGGGGCCCACCAGAGGCCUGUGAGAAACCUACAAGCAGGAUUUCAGCACAAUGCACACUCCAUGCUCCUGUGGUUUCUAGCAACUGGUAUUCAGAAGUUUUGAUGCCUCUAGCCAUAGAGGCAGAGAAUGGCCAUCAUGGAUGGCAGCCAUCAAUAGCUCCUCUCUUCUGCCAUGAAUUUGUCCAGUUCUCUUUUAUUUAUUUUUAAUUUUUAUUGGAAUUUUUUUUACAACAUAACACAACCCCCCACCCCCCAGUACACAAAUCCACCCUCAUUAAAUGUGAACAUGAUGUACAGUGAGCAUAACAUACAACAAUACAAACAACCAAAUAAAAGACUUCCUUUAUCCUGUAUCUGGCCUCCUUAUUUACUUCUUAUAAACUGUUUCCUUCAUGAAUAAUUUUGAAGUCUAAUUAUAAGUUAAAUAUCCACAAAGUCUCCUGCAGACAUUAAUCGAAACAAGUCCAGGUAUGUAUUUUAGGGCACUGUUUUGUGAAGUGUUCUCUGCAUUUCCCCCAUGUUUUUUGAAACUCUUGUCUAGUGUAAUCUCUAGCCAGUUCAAUAUACUCUUAACAGUUGUCUUGUCAUUCCUUUUUUUGUUGGCACAGUUUCUUUUUUCCAGUUUUUAGCAAUUAGGAUCCUUGCCGCUCCUGUUGCAUAGAGUCUAUUAGGCGAUAUAAGCCUUUGGUUUGCCAGGUUUUUAUCUGGAGGUUUUGUGCUGCAUGGUGGAAUAAUGGGUGGUACGCCAGGGGGAUUAGUGGGGAUGGGGUUGGGGAUAGUUUGCCUAUUUGUGUUUUCCAUGCUUUGAGCAUGGUCUGUGUGUACCUGUUAAGUGUUGUGGGAAUUUUCUUUAGUUUGUUUGGGAGGAAUGGGUAUGUUGUGGUGCAGGUAUUUUCAAUUGUGUCCCUCUCUAGGUGUACCCAUUGUUUUGUCUCAUCUUCUAGUAUAUAUGGGAUUAUAUGGCGUAUUUGGUUGGCAUUGUAAUAUGCUUCUAUGUGGGGAUUCCCCAUCCUCCUUCUGAGGUGGGGAGGUGCAGGUAUUUGAGGCUUAUUCUUGGUUUUUAUGUGAGAAGAUGAAAGAGUGUAGUUUUCUCUGCCAACUGCGAAGUUGGGUUGAGGGGAUCCAGAUUGGGAGGGUUUGGAAUAGGUAGGUUAGUUUUGGGAGUGUGAUCAUUUUGAUCAUGGCUAUUUUGUCUGAGAGAGUGAAAUUCAUGUUAUUCCAUCUCUUUAGGUCUUUGUUAAUUUGUCGCCACAGGGGCUUGUAGUUGUGGAGGUACAAUUUAUUGAGGUUUCUGGUUAUUUGUACCCCUAGGUAUCUGAACUUGGUGUGGCAAAGUUUUAUUUUGGUGACCUUCGUGAGUUCUUUUUGGGUGUGAGGAGGGGUGUUGAAGCACAUAGCUUCUGACUUUGUAAAAUUUACCUGUAGGCCCGACACCAUUGCAAAUGUGUUGAGUUCUCUGAUUAGGGAGGUUGCUGUGCUUAUGGGGUCUGGUGUUGUGACCAUUAGGUCAUCUGCAAAGAGCCCUAAUUUAUAGGUUCUGCCUUUUAUUUCCACUCCCUUGAUGUCUGUGGCUGCUCGGAUGCUGAUUGCUAAGGGUUCCAGAGCCAGGAUAAAUAAGAAGGGAGACAGUGGGCAUCCUUGUUUCGUGCCUCUUUGGAUAGCUAUAGUAUUAGAAUCCAUAUUGUUAGUUCUGCAUUUUGCUGAGGCUUGGGAGUAUAUUUGUUUGAGAAUUUGUAGGAAGUUGGGGCCAAAUUUCAUGUUAGUUAGUACUGCUAAUAUGUAUUUCCACUCUAAGCAAUCAAAGGCUUUGAGGAUGUCUAGGGACAUAAUUGUCAAUGGGAGUUUGGUUGCCUUGCUGUGUUCGAUCAGGUUCAGUAGUUUCCUGAUGGGGUCUGUUAUAUUGCGGCCAGGGACAAAGCCAGUCUGGUCUGGGGCUACUAACUUGUGUAGGAAGGUUUUUAGGCGGUUGGCCAAGAUUGAUGUGAAUAUCUUGUAGUCUUGGUUUAUUAAUGAGAUUGGGCGGUAUGAUUCUACUUUGAGGCUGUCUUUUAGUGGUUUUGGGAUGGAGACUAUUUUGGAGUGGGUCCAGGUUUUGGGGAUGGGGCCCCCUUUUAUGAUGUCGUUGAAUAGGCGGGUCAUGUAGGGCAUCAAGGGUUCUUUGAAUUUCCUAUAGAAUUCUGCUGUGAAGCCGUCUGGGCCUGGGGCUUUGUGUGGUUUCAGGUUUUUGAGGACCGCAUCUAUUUCCUCUGGGGUGAUAGGGCUGUCCAUGAAUUCCUGUUCCUCAUCAGUUAGGGUAGGCAUGGACAGUCCUGCUAGAAAUUUUUGAUUUCCUUCUCUGGUGGGUUAUGGGAGGUGUAUAGGUUGGAGUAGAAUUCUGCAAAUUCUGAGUUUAUUUCUUCGGGGAGAAUGUUAUGUUGCCGUCUUUUUGUUGAUGCAGUGUAUUCUUGUUUUGAGUGCUUUUAUACUGCAUCUAUUUGCUAGUAAUCUGGAGUUUUUCCCUCCAUAUUCGUAGAAACGUUGUUUAGAGUAUAGAAUGUUGAUCAUUGUUUUGUUAAUUUCUAGGGAGUCUAGUUCUCUCCUUUUUUGUUCCUGUUGCAUAGAGGAAUAUUUUCUGAUCUUCUCUUGCUAUACCCGUGUCCGUUAUCCCUAGUAGAAAAGCUUCUGUAUUUUUCAUAAAGUUAUACUUAAAACAUUUUUUUAAGCUCGUCAUAUACUGUGUUCCAGAAGCUUUUGAUUUUUUUCACAGCUCCACCAAACAUGUAUAAGUGUCCCCUCUGUUUUUCCACACCUCCAGCACAGAUUUGUUUUUGUCUUAAACAUUUUAGCUAUUAUGGUAGGUGUUAAGUACCAUCUAUAAAACAUCUUGAUUAGGUUCCCCUCAAUACUUCACAGGCUGUAAAUUGCUAGUUCUUACUCCAUAGUUCUUCCCAUGCUGUUAAGUUAAUGGUUUUCCCAAUAUCUAAAGCCCACUUGAUCAUUACCUCCUUGACCUGUUCGUCUUUGAUCUCCCACUCCAAUAAUGUAUCAUACAUUUUUGAUAUUGGUUUUGUUGGCUUUGUUUUGUAAUAACCUUGGUUUUGUUUUGUAAUAACGCUUUUUCUAAUAAUGAAGGUUCGUUUGAGAAACCAUUUUUCUUAUCUGUCCUGAACACUUCAUGCAAUUGAUGGUAUUGGAUCCAACCCGUAAGGUGUUGUUUAAUUUCCUCAUAAUCUUUAAUUACCAAUUUAUUGUCUUUUUCCUUAAUCAGAUCGUUAUAUGUGGCCCAUUCUAAUUCCAUAUUUUUCUUUUUUUAUUGUAAUUGCUUCUAGAGGUGAUGCCCACCAUGGUGUUUUCUGUUCUAGGAGAUCCUUAUAUUUUGUCCAUGUUUUAUAUAAUGAUUUCCUUAUGACAUGAUUCAUAAAUCCCCUGUGUACUUUCCCUUUUUCAUAAGCUAAAUACGCAUGCCAACUAUAACGAUUACUAAAUCCUUCUAGAUCUAACAAUUCACCAUCUUUAAUACAAUCCACUCUUUUAGCCAAUUUAGACAGACAGCGUCGUAAUAUAAAUUUAGGUCAGGUAGCGCUAGUCCACCUCUAUGUUUUUUUAUCUAUUAGAAGUUUGUGUUUAAUUCUUGGUUUUUUAUACUGCCAUAUGGAUUUGGAUAUUUCUGUCCAUGAAGACAGAGAUGUCCUCUUCCUGAAUUUCCAACCAGGAUGCUAGGGCUUUUAUUAUUACUUCUUUGAUACUCUCAUCGUGAUUUUCUUUUAUUCCUCGAAAUCUCAAUAAUAAUAAUUAUUUUUGGUUGUCCAGUCCUCUUUUAAAGCCAUCUAGGUUGGCAGCCAUCACUGCCUCAUGUGGGAACAAGUUCCAUAGUUUAACAUGUGCUGUGUGCAGAGGGGCUUUCUGUCCUGAAUAUUCCAACACCUGUCAAAUUUGUACCUAUUUAGGUUUAGCUUCAUUAGAUUUCUGAUUUAACUUGCAGCAGGGCCAGCAAAGUGGGAUGCUCUCCAGAUGUUACAGCUCCCGUCAUCCCUGACCAUUGACCAUGCUGCUGAGGCUGAUAGGACUUGGAGUCCGACAACAGCUGGAGGGCACCACAUUGGCAAUCUCUUUAUAGAUUUUUGUGAUUUUUCUCAUUACAUGUCUUUAAUUUUGCCCUUACACCAUUGCUUUGUUUUGUGUGUUUCCAAGGGAGAUUCUAGGGAUGCGAGUAGCACUGUGGUCUAAACCACUGAGCCUCUUGGGCUUGCUGAUCAGAAGGUCGGCAGUUCAAAUCCCUGUGACGGGGUGAGCUCCCGUUGCUCGGUCCCUGCUCCUGCCAACCUAGCAGUUCGAAAGCAUGCCAAAAAGUGCAAGUAGAUAAAUAGGUACAGGUCCGGCAGGAAGGUAAACGACAUUUCUGUGUGCUCCUCUGGUUUUGGUGUUCCGUUGCGCCAGAAGCGGCUUAGUCAUGCUGGCCACAUGACCAGGAAAAACUGUCUGCAGACAAAUGCCAGCUCCCUCAGCCUGUAAAGCGAGAUGAGCGACGCAACCCCAGAGUCGUUCGCGACUGGACUUAACUUUCAGGGGUCCUUUACCUUUACCUUUUUAAGGGAGAUUGCCUUUAAGCAAUAGAAUAAAUCAAGUGUAUAAUUCCUCCUCCUCCUCCCCAGUUGUCACCAAGUUGGAUUUUACCAUCUUUAUGUCUUUGGCAAACAUUUGAACAAUGAUCAUUCCAUAUCCUGUGGUGUGAUGGGUUAACAUGUCCAGUGGCGUAGCGUGGGGGGUGCAGGGGGGGCCGGCCGCACCGGGCGCAACAUCUGGGGGUUAGGGUUAGGGGGCGCAAAUCCACGGGUUAGGGGGCGCAAAUUACUUGCCUUGCCCCAGGUGCUGACAACCCACACUACGCCACUGAACAUGUCUGGCUAUUAGCCAGAAGGUUGGUGGUUCGAGCCAACCCAGGAACAGCUGUGGGCAGGAUUCCUGUAUUGCCGGGGGUUGGACUAGAUGAUCCUUCCAAUUCUACAAUUCUAUGAUGGACUUCAGUAUCAUUGAUUUCAGUAGGUCUGCUCUGGAUCCACCAUAUAUUCCAAUAUUUCCUUUCGCAAGGCAUCCCCAAAGGAAUAUCUCAAAUAACUGUGUAUUUAAUCAAUGAACUGUGUCAGCCCGAAAUGUAUUAAUUGAAGAAAAACAACCAAUGUUGCCCAUGCAAGCCAUUGUUCCACAUGAGAGGUUUCAUAAGAAGGCUUUGCUGAAACUGCAUCUAAUGGCAAAAACGGUAUAGCAGGGGAGGGUCGGCAAUAAACAGCAUCCCCAUACUAUUCCCCCCCCCCUGACUGUUUCUGUCCAACAUUUGUGUUUCACCAGAUUGCUAGGCUCGAUGUGGACGGCUUAUUUAGCAACAUUGAAUCCGUCCAUCAGAUCUCAACCAGGCUGCUGUCAUCACUGGAAGAAGCAACGGCGGACGUGGAGCCGGCCAAGCAAGUAAUCGGUAUGUUUGCUGUCUUCUGUGAGCUCUUCGAAGCUGCACAGAAUAAUGAUAAUGCAAUAAAACGCGCAUUUCUCCAGCCCGUGCUUUUUCCCAAGCUGCCAUUUCUUUCAAUAAAUAACUGGAGGAUAAAAAAAGAAACAAUUAGCGUUCAGCAAAAGCAGGCCCAUAAUCAUGAGGCCAGCUGUGGAUUCAUGCGGCGUGGAAAGUAACGAUCCUACAUGCUAAAGACAUGGGGAAUAAAAGACGACGUUUGUUGGUCCUCUCUUAACUGGGAUGUCUCUUUACUGACAAACAUAAAGCAGAGAUGGGGAACCUGCAAGUCUGUAGGUCAGAGCUUUCCAAACUUUUCAUGUUGGUGACAUGCUUUUUAGACAUGCAUCAUUUUGUGACUCAGUAAUUCGGUUUUGCUAGCAAACCAGAGGUUACACUAACCCCUUUCCAGCCCUGGGAGGAGAGCAGGAAGCGUUCGCACAACACACGUACACACUGCAGGUAACACGUUUGCAUGUUGUGACACACGGUUUGGAAAGCUUUGCUCUAGAUGUUGUUAGGUGCCAUCUCUCAUGAUAAUGAUGAUGAUGAAGAAGAAGAAAUACUAAAUGUAUACUCCGCCCAUCUGGCUGGGAAAACCACAACAGAAUAUUAUAAACACGAUGAAACAUCAAACAUUAAAAUCUUCCCCAAACAGGGCUGCCUUCAGAUGUCUUCUAAAAGUUGUGCAGUUUUUUCUCUCCUUGAUAUCUGAAGGCAGGAUGUUCCACAGGGGGAUCACCACUACCAAGAAGGUCCUCUGCUUGGUUCCUUGUAGCUUCACUUCUCUCAGUGAGGGAACCGCCAGAAGGCCCUGGGCGCUGGACCUCAGUUUCCGGGCUAAAUGAUGGGGGUGGAGAUGCUCCUUCAGGUAUACUGGACCGAGGCCAUUUAGCCAGUGAUCAGGGAUGAUGAGACCUGUGGUCCAACAACACUUGGAGGGCUACAGGUUCUCCCCACCUGAUAUAAUGCAAGUUUUUAACCCACAUGUGUCCAAAUAGUGCUAGAGUCAAAUGGAUCCGAAGCAGCUGUGCCUUACUUAGUCUUCUGUUUUCAGCAUGGAUGGGGAACCUUCUGCUUGGGCGCUGACUGCAUCCCUCCCUCCAGGCCUCCCUUCCUCACCCUAGGCUGCUCCCCUUCCCCAUCCAGACCCCUCUCUUGCCCUACUUUGCACCCUCCUUGACUGCUUUUGCCUUGACUGUGUCUUUGAACUCAGACAUGCUUGCUUCUUGCCUAGAGAUGGAGGUUAGGGGGAUGUGUGAAUAAAUUCCAGUUGCUUCCAGCCAAGUCUUCCAACUGGUGCAAGAUUCCCUAGAAGGGAAAGCAGCCCUUGGGCUGAGAAAGGUCCUCCACCCCUGAUUUAUACCAAGGGCACCCUAAGGUUAAUGAGUAACAUCUCCCUGCCAUCCACCUGCCUUCUAUUUAAAGACCAGGCCAUUUUCACCUUGCCCAACAACUGCUUUCUCUCCUCCUUGCUCCCCCUUUUGUUUUUUCAGCUUAACCUCCAGCCUGAUUCAGAGUUUCGAUGGACUUGAAAGUCUGUUAACUUCUUUGAAGUGAUCUUUGAAGUGGUUCCUAAGAAAGAUAUUACUUUUAGAUUGUUUUUGUUUUAACAGAACAUGCUGGCUACCUAAAUUAUUAUUUUUUUUGCUUAUUUUCAAAUGCUUCCUACACCCUUCUUUUUUUAUUUGUGUAGUUUCAUCAAGUUGAAUACCCUACCUUGGAAGUUUUUCCGGGAAAGUGGCUAUGAAGAGGGGAGAAAUGAGGGCCUUUCCCUUUCCAGCUGUCCACCCCCCUCCACCUCCCAGUGUGGGUUGUGCUAAGUGGAGAUUUGGGGGGCAGGGAGGAGUGCUCAUUUCUCUCCCACAAUUGCUACAGCCAUCCAUCCUGGUUUAACUCCAGAAUGCAAGUGGGGAAUUCCCCAUGUUUAAAAGUUUCUUGUACAUAGGAAACCAGCAUGGCAGUGAGUUAGCUAGAAGCAGGUUAACUUUCCAAGGGCAAGGAGGUGCUGUUGUUUUUAAUGCAGGAUUGUUAAAUCUUGCAUUCUUUCCCCUGCUGCAGGAAUGGGGAACCUUGAGGUCAUCCAGAUGUUGCUGGACUACAACUCCCAUUAUCCCAGACCAUUGAUCAGUCUGGCUGGGGUUAACUGUAGUUUGGACAGCAAUGGAGGGGAAAUCCAUGCCCAGCAAUAUGCCAUUAGACAGUAAAUGCUCCUACAGAUGACCUGUGUAUUGAACAUUCAUUUUGAUAUUCCUUGCGCAAAGCUUAAAUGGUGAUUAGAUGAUGUCCAGUCUUUACUGAGCAUUCCUUCCCGUAUGUUUAGGGAUGUGGGUGGCGCUGUGGUCUAAACCACUGAGCCUCUUGAGCUUGCCGAUUGUAAGGUUGGUGGUUCGAAUGGGGUGAGCUCCCGUUGCUGUGUCCCAGCUCCUGCCAACCUAGCAGUUUGAAAGCACGCCAGUGCAAGUAGAUAAAUAGGUACCACUGAGGUGGGAAGGUAAACGGCGCUUUCGUGUGCUCUGGUUUCUGUCACGGCGGCCUGUUGCGCCAGAAGUGGUUUAGUCAUGCUGGCCACAUAACCUGGAAAGCUGCCUGUGGACAAACGCCGGCUCCCUUGGCCUGAGAGCGGAGAUGAGAGCUGCACCCCAUUGUCAAAUUCGACUGGACCUAACUGUCCAGUUUAGUUUGUUUAUGAACACUCAUCCUGCAGUCACCCUGAUUUGUUGCAGAGUGUUUACACCUUUUCCCAUUAACCCAUGAAGGAAUCUUCAUCCCAUACUUUUCAGUUUAUUUCCCCAUCACUUUCCAAACCAUGAAAAGUUUUUCUCUCUGUGUGUUUUGUUAAGUAGAUUUGUUUCACUAGAGCAAAAGAGCCCCUUAAUCCACUUCAAAUGAGCUCCCCCUCCCUCAUUUUAUCCUCACAACAGCCCUGUGAGGUAGACUAGGCUGGAAAGGUGAGGCACAAAGGCAGUCAAUAAAAUAAAUAAAUGCACAAACCUAACGUUCUUGAAUCCCUCCUCCAAAAUACAUACAGUCUGGAGGCGCUUUAAAGAAUUGCUGUUUGAAGCAACCUUCAGGUUUCUGCAACAUCCAAGCGUGAUCUGACUAGGUGAGCCUGGUAUGUUGUUGUUGCUUAAAAGAGGAAAGCAAAUGAUGUGAGUGGUAGAGAGCUCUCUCUUUGUAUAUCUGAAAUAUAAAGGACAUGGCCCCAUUUAGCCAGAUUGUGGACGCACACUGUCUUUAAUGAAAGCUGCACAUUUAACCUCUUGUCGGUUGAAUUCACCCCCUCCCCCCCUCCCUGGUAUCUGCCAUUCAUCGCAGUCAUUAGGCACAAAAGAAAGUCAGAGGAUGGCUGGAAUUAGCCAGAAGCCUAAAGAAAUGUACAAUAGGGAUGCACUCCUUCUUAGACGAAAGUAAUGUUAUUUGCAAGCCUUUAAGCAGCUGACAUACCAGAUGAGGCCGUGUUUUGUUCUGUUAUAGUUCAGCAUCUCUCUCUCUCUCUCUCUCUCUCUCUCUCUCUCUCUCUCUCUCUCUCUCAUUUAUGAAUCACUUUCUAUGACAGAUCUUGAGAUGUUUCCACAAUAAAGAAUAAGGACAACAAGAACGUCCACAAUGAAACAUGCAUGCAACAAUUUAAUUCAUAAUAAGAUAUAAACAUUUGGAUAUAAAAAAAACAGUUAUAACAAUUUCAUACCCACUGUAGAAACCAGCUGGCAUCUGCAUUAUAUAUCUAAUGGGCCUUACUCUUAAUAGGAUAAGGUUGGGGCUGUGGUCCAUGCCAUUGAGCCUCUUGGGCUUGCUGAUUAGAAGGUUGGUGGUUCGAAUCCCCACGACGGAGUGAGCUCCCUUUGCUCUGUCCCAGCUCCUGCCAACCUAGCAGUUUGAAAGCACACCAGUGCAAGUAGAUAAGAAGGUACCGCUGCGGCGGGAGAGUAAACUUCAUUUCCGUGCGCUCUGGCUUCUGUCACGGUGUUCCGUUCUGCCAGAAGCGGUUUAGUCCUGCUGGCCGUGUGACCUGGAAAGCUGUCUGUGGACAAACGUCGGCUCCCUCGGCCUGAAAAGUGAGAUGAGCGCCGCACCCUAUAGUCACCUUUUACUGGGCUUAACCAACCAGGGGUCCUUUACCUUUACCUCACCUUACUUUUACUCUUAAUUAUGUCAUAUACUUAAAUGGGAAAUAGUUUCAUUCUGUUUGCUCUUUUCUCUUACAGCCGAAGAACAGGGCUGCCUUGUUCUCCCCCUUUCUUCUUUCCUUCCUUUCUUCCGUCUUGCUUCUAUGACUUUAAGAGCAGUCUUGCCUGCAGAAGUUCAGCAGGUGUGUUCUGCGUGUCAGGUGUUGAAGGGCAGGAUAAAAAGCACACAUUAUCUCAGCAGUGCAAAAAGGAAGCACGAUUCCCUUACGCUUCCUCUUUUGUACUUCCCUGUAAUACGAAAAGAUGGAAAUGCAGUAUGAAAAGUUUCCAAAUGUUUGGUUGUUGUGGGGAAGGGAAGAGAUAUAAAUCUUUAAGAGUCUGUUGGUGGUUCCCCCAAUGGCCGAGCUGUAUGGCUCAUAAAUACUAGAAGCUGUGCAUUUGGCGCAGGCCGACUCAAGCCUGUGGAACUCCCUGCCAGCUGAAAUUUGACAGGCGCCAUACUUGCUGAACCUCAGAUGCAUGACCAAUACUUCAUUUGUUCCAGCAGGCAUUUUAAGGUAGACUUCAGUUUUAUGAUGAGUUUUUAUUGCUUUAUUUUCUGUGUGGUUUCCUUUUGUUUUUGCUUUUAGAGCUUAGAAUUGAUAAUGAUUAAGCAGGAUAUUAAUGUCUUAAACAAAGACAAUAAAAAUAAAACAAAUAUUUUUGAGCGCAAAUAUAGCCAAGGGCUGCUAGUCGUGAUGGCUGCAUUUGCUACCUCCAGAAUGGGGGACAGGAUAUCUCUGAAUGCCAUUUUGGGGCUAUUGCCCUCACGCCCUGCUUUUGGGCUUCCCGUGGGCAACUGAUUGGCCACUGUGGGAAACAAAAUACAGUGGUACCUUGGUUUUAGAACAGCUUAGUUUAUGAACAACUUGGAAAUGGAAUGCUUCAAACCCGGAAGUAGGUGUUCCAGUUUGUGAACUUUGCCUUGGAUGCAGAACAUGUUCCGCUUCCUGUUGAGUGUGUUCCAUUUGUAAAUUGAGUCCUCCUCUGCUAAUCACAGGCUUCCUGUUGAGUCUAUUGGAUAUUGAGUCCUGAGCAUCCACACAACACAGAGGAGCUUUUGUUUUUGCUAUUUUUUUGUGUUUUUGUUUGUGUGGCUUUUUCAUUUUUUUGACUGUGACUUGUUCUUCAUUUUAUGGGACUGACUUGUGACCGUGGCUUGUGACUUUGUUUUCGUGACUUGUUUUUGUGACUUUGCGGAACUCAGUUCAGCUACUGAUUGAUUGAUUGUGUGACUGCAGAAGUAGAUAAAAGCCCCCCAUCCAAACAAUGACUAUCAUCAGUGCAUGUAUACACACACACACAGAGAGAGAGAGAGAGAGAGAGAGAGAGAGAGAGAGAGAGAGACUACAACUUCCACCAUUCUUAGCAACGUAAGAAUGUUGGGUCAGACCACUGGUCCAUCCUACAGGUCCCAGCAUAUAGCAGAUAACAUUAGAAGAGUUAAAAUGCACAUCGGAAGCUGCUUUGGGUUUUAAAAUGUUUAGAUAACAGAGCAAAAAAGAGAAAACCAGCAGAACUUACCCAGGAAGGUAUUCAUAUGCAACAUUCUUGGUGACAUCACCAAGAAGUCCCUGUCUCUUGUACUGGAAUAUAAGAUCUCGUGAGUAUAUGGGACAGAGAGCAGUCUUCCAUCAAGGCAUGGCAGGUUCACAUAUUUGAAGCAGACCUUAAAUUGUCUGAUGUUGUGCUUUUUUUCAUCUUCUUGGCUUUUUUGUUUGCACUUUAACAGGGCAAGUGUUUUUGCAGAUGAAAGACCUACUAGAAGACACAUAUAAAAUCUACUGUUACCAGCACGAUGAUGCACACGUCCUGCUGGAAUCCUACGAAAAAGACGAAGAACUGAAGCAGCAUAUACGUGACUGCCUACUGUCCUUAAAGUAAGAACUUUUCAAAUGGUUGCUUCCAUCUCUUGCUCACUGCUUGUCAUGGGAGAGCUUAAAUGGAUAUAAAACAAAAUAUCUCCUAUAAAUCCAGAGUUUUAUGGCAUUUACUAGGAACAUACACUUAUGCUCCUUUCCUGGAAAUAUGAAUAUAUUUCACUGUUAUUAGAGGGAUCCCAAAUGGAAAGAAUAUCCAAGAUGCCACCAAAACAGGCUUUUUUUUAAAAAAAUAGGUUGCUUCAGGGAAGCACCAUCUUAAACUGAAGCCUUCCAUCCUUUUAAUGCACUGAGCACAUCUGUGUCUAAAUUAAAUUAUCAACAUAAUAAAAUCCUUAACCCUCAUUUUGUAAAAUUGUGCAUAAGUAUAUUGGGGCUUGUCUUUGCUGCCCCCCCCCCCCCGCAAGCCUUUUCAUUAUGGCCCUUCCCGUUACAAACUGCUUUUUCAGGAAGCUGUAGGAUCAGAUUUAUUGGAACUUUUUGGUUUCUUCCCAGAGAAUCUAGAAAAGCCUUCCCAGAUGCUUUAGACUACAACUCCCGUAAUACCUGACCAGGCAGUCCAAAACAUCAGAGCUGCACCAGAUUGGGGAAGAUUAAUUUGUUGUUGUUGUUUAGUCGUUUAGUCGUGUCUGACUCUUCAUGACCCCAUGGACCAGAGCACGCCAGGCACUCCUGUCUUCCAUUGCCUCUCGCAGUUUGGUCAAACUCAUGCUGGUAGCUUCGAGAACACUGUCCAACCAUCUCAUCCUCUGUCGUCCUCUUCUCCUUGUGCCCUCCAUCUUUCCCAAUAUCAGGGUCUUUUCCAGGGAGUCUUCUCUUCUCAUGAGGUGGCCAAAGUAUUGGAGCCUCAGCUUCACGAUCUGCCCUUCCAGUGAGCACUCAGGGCUGAUUUCCUUAAGAAUGGAUAGGUUUGAUCUUCUUGCAGUCCAUGGGACUCUCAAGAGUCUCCUCCAGCACCAUAAUUCAAAAGCAUCAAUUCUUCGGUGAUCAGCCUUCUUUAUGGUCCCGCUCUCACUUCCAUACAUCACUACUGGGAAAACCAUGGCUUUAACUAUACAGACCUUUGUUGGCAAGGUGAUGUCUCUGCUUUUUAAGAUUAAUUUAGGACAUAUGUAAAAAAACAAAAAAGCCUUAUUAGCAGGUUGCCUUAUUAUUUUGGUAGUGAUUGAAGUCCAAUAAUGCAGUUGAUUUAAGUAUUCCUUGAAGUUAAUACUGUUUGCUCCCAAAUCCUAAACUUGUCUACUCAGCAGUAACUCCCACUGGUGUGGUUUGGACAUAUCAGCUAGCCAUAGUUUAGUGUUGCAAAAAUAGGCCUAGGCAAGCAUCUGGUUCGCUUGCGUCUCCCUCCUCCUGCUGCAUGGCUACAAGGAAGAGUUUGAAAGCUUUUAAUUUUAGCUUAUACCGUUCGCCAUAUCACCUGAACUCUAACUGUGUUUAAUGUUAACUAUGAUUGGUUGAAUCAGUUUAGCUUUUUAAAGUAUGGUUUAAGAAUCUGGCUUGUUAAAAAAAAUCCAUAGUUAACAUUAACCACAGUUUAGGGUAUGGAUGUUACCCUAAACUAUGAUUAAUCUAUAAAAGAAAUGAAAGCUUUCAGUCUCCUCUUUGAGCUGGAAGGGGGAGCUCAGGAAUCAAGGCUUACUGCACUGUAUCCUUGUAAAGACAAUGUUUUAGCAUUACGUGUGGACUUGGCCAUUUAAUUCAAUAUAAUGAGGAUCAGACUGUUAACAGAUCCCUCUGUUUCUCUCUCUCUCUCUCGGCAGAAAGAUAUAUGAAGAAGGGUAUGUACCAUAUUUCUUUUUUGUUAUUAUUAUUACAUUUUUACCUUGCUAGCCAGGGCUGAUGGGAGCUGUAGUUCAAAAUAUCUGAAGGGGGGUGGGUGAGGGACAGCAGGGGUGAGGAACCUAUGGCCCUUCAGAUUUUGUUGAGGUACACAUCUGGAGAUGCCGACUGGGGCUAAUGUGAGUGGGAAUCCAACAGCACUUGCAACAUGUAUGGGAAAUUGGUAUGAUUCAUUCAUUCAUUCAUAAAUUACAUCCCACUUUCCCCCUUCAAAAUGAAGGUGAGCCUAAGUAGUGAUCAGAACAAAGCAUAAAAGCAAGAAUUACCUUCAAAAUAAUUUGACUGGUUUUUUUAAAAAAGGAGAUAUUUAUAGGUGGAUUUUAUUGUAUUUUAUGCUGUAAACCACUCUGAUAUAUUUUAUGAAACUGCAGAGAAUAAAAAUUCAAAUACAUAAAUAAAUCUGCAGUUCCACAAACCACUGGUUGGGAGGGGCACGAUAUUCUUCUGCUGAAGAGCCUUGGGACAAGAGGACUUGAGCUGUGGCUUUGCUGCUUCACGUGUCUCAGUCAUUUCCCCCUGAAAUUCCAGUUUUCCAGCUGGAAUUCUACGAAAGCAGAGACUACUGUUCUCUUCCUCUUAGCUCUGCUAUUUGAGCCAUUGAGCAAGAUGCAAAGGAGCAAGGGGGCAGUUGACGGGGUUAUUUUUAGCUGAAUUUAAAGCAAUGGAAAUGGCUUUUGUGCAGUCUUCAUCAGGCUGUCAUCUCAGGGGGGGAAAUAUGUUAUGGUGCCAGAUUAAUAUCUGACUGAUUCAUGGAAAGAAUACACUGGGCCAGAGGUUGGGAACUUGAGGCCAGGGGUUCCAAAAUCAGAGGUGAUAUUGUGCUCCUGGCAGAACCGUCCAGAUUGCGCCCCCUAGCCACUGACAAAUUAGCUCUUCUCUCCGCCUCUCCUCCAACCCCCGGCCCCCCAAUUCAAUUCAUCCUCUAUUAAAAACCUUUUCUUAAGAGGCAAUAAUAUUUUUUUUUAUUUAUGGAUGUAUUCUGGUCCUAUCCACAUGCACACCUCAAGUGCCUUGAACUGUGAUAAUGCCUCUUUCUUGCUACUUUUCAUUGGCCACUGUAUGGAGGUAUGUGUCACACCUGUUGUCCUGCCCACUUUUUUUGCAUCGGACUGAAAAUAAUCCCUUCCCAUGCACCAAGUGGAUGAGUUUUCUGGGGAUCUACAGGAAACUAAAUGUCUGUGUUGCAUGAAUGGGUCCAUCCAAUAGAUUCCUCUUGGAUGGGAUGAGGCAGAAAUUAAAGUUUCCUCUCCAGAUAAAGAUCAAGAGAUUCUGAGUGAAGAUUGUGGAGCUUUUAACAAAAGACAAGCCAUAUAAAAGAAAGAGGAAAGCCUGUGUGUGUGUGUGUGUGUGUGUGUGUGUGUAAGAAGAGCACAGACUUGCCACAAAUUGCUUGUGCCGCACUUCCACAAAUUAAUGUGCACUUAUCACCUUCAAAAACAGAUGCCAUAAACUGUGAGUUGCACAUAGGAUGUAAAUUGGUCAAUAAUUCAUCAGCAAUUACCUUUCAGAGGCCAGUUUAUGGAUGACCCUGUGGUGGCUGAAUAAGGGGGACCCAUGAAACCUUCUGGCUUUCACAAUCCAGGCACAAUAACAGUCCCUGUUCUUGGAAACCCUAAUGAGCAUUUUAGCUUGUGGAUUCCUGCCCUGGAAACACCUGCCUCCAAGACAUUUCAGCUUCACAGUAACCCUUUCUCUUGCCUCUGUGCCGAGCCCCAUAACUCACAGCAAAGGCAGCAGAUUGGCGAUUAUAGCAGAAUAAAUACCUCUGUGAGAUCUGUGAAUAAUUUUUUGACAGUCGCACACAGAAAUAAUAUGCGGCCACGAUGAAAUCAGAAUUCUUCUGAGGAUAGAUGUUUGCCGCUCAGUUUAAGCAGGGAGAAAUAUUGUACUUUCUUGCGUGGUAGCAGCUCCCCCAAGCUGUCAAGCUAAAUUGCCUGGUUCUUUCUCUGCCCAUAUAACCGUCGCUGAGUUCAAUGCAGAGCUGAAUUAGCCUUUAGGCUAAGUGUGCUGUAGUGCGAGAUCACAGCUAGUGUUGUUCCCUAAACUGGGAUAAUAUACCAGAUAACUUCUCUAUGAAGAGAAAGUCACUGUGCUGUCCCAUUUGCUGGACUCCUCUAAAACUAUUUGCAGCUUAGAACAUAUUGGUUCAUCACUUAUCACUUAACAAGGGAGCAACUUCCCCAGUUGUGAAAAGUUUAAAAUAUUGGUAGCCUAUUUGGAAUGAGAAGCAGGACGCUAUAGGUAAGGAGAUUCACGACUGAAUGUUGCUCCUGCCUUAGUUUUUUUUUUUAAUUUACAAAAUGCCCUUCAUAUAUAGAAUAGAGGAAACAUCCCCAAGCAGAGACUAAGAGUCCCUCUAGAUUAGUGUUCUUCAACAUCAGGUCCCCAGUGUUGUUGGACUACAACGUCCAUCAUUCGAAACCAAGGGCUAGCAUGGCUGAGGAUGAUGGGAUUUGUAGUCCAACAACAUCUGAGAAUGCACACUGCUGUAUAGAUAAAUCAAUUAUUCAUCAUUCAUCAUGAUUUGUUUGUAUAAAGCUUAUGUAGUGGUUAGAUUAUGCCCAGUCUUUAUUGAGCAUUCAUUUCACAUUUUUUAUGGAGUGAUUGUAUGACAAUGAGCGUUCCUCCUAAAUUCCUCCUGAUUUGCUUGCAGAGUAUUUAUACAUUUUCCCAUUAAUGAUUUGUUUAUCUCACAUAUUUCAGUUGCUUUCCAAACUGCAGAAAGUCAAAAUUAAAACCAACAACAACAACUAGAUUUGUUGCAUUAGAACAGGGGUUUCCCAUCAUUUUUGACCACUAGUCCUGCUAACUAGGGAUGAUGCGAGUUGUAGUCCAAAAAGAGCUGGAGACCCAAGUUUGGGAAACUCUGCAUUACAUCAACAAGACUCCUUUAAGGUAAAGGUAAAGGGACCCCUGACCAUUAGGUUGAGUCGUGACCGACUCUGGGGUUGCGGCGCUCAUCUCGCUUUAUUGGCCGAGGGAGCCGGUGUACAGCUUCCGGGUCAUGUGGCCAGCAUGACUAAGCCAUUUCUGGCAAACCAGAACAGAGCACGAAAACGCCGUUUACCUUCUCGCCGGAGCUGUACCUAUUUAUCUACUUGCACUUUGACGUGCUUUCGAGCUGCUAGGUUGGCAGGAGCAGGGACUGAGCAACGCGAGCACACCCCGUCGUGGGGAUUCGAACCGCUGACCUGCUGAUCGGCAAUUCCUAGGCUCUGUGGUUUAACCCACAGCGCCACCCGUGUCCUUUAGUCCACUUUAAUUGCACAGAUGUAAAGUUCUCAGUAUGUGCUUGACUCAUUCCCGCAAAAUACUUACAGCAGGGCCGGAUCAUAUUUAGAGGGACGAAGCAAGGAAAUGAUCAUGGUGCGCUUCCAAGAUGUAAUUCAAGAUAAAAACAAUACUAAACUGUAAAAUGGCAUUUUAUUAGGCAGGCCACCCACUUACAAUACCAGAUGAUGCUGUGCCUUGAAGGACCAGUUGUUGAGACUUCAAAGCACAGCACAGCACUAUUUGAAAGCCUUUUUGCUGCUUGGAAAAUGGCUUUCAAGCAGCUCUCUCCCCAACCUCCUGCUUGAGCCUCUGAAAAAAACGAUUCAUCCUGUUGAGUUUAACCCAUCGUUUGCCGACUUCUGCUAAGAAUCCCCAUUCUAGCAUUGGAGAGCUAAAGAGGCUUAGUCUACCAAAUUCAUAACGUUGUUGCUUCCCUGCCCCAAGUCAAUGCUCAAGAUCAGUUCCAGUCACUGUCUUUGAGCUCACCAGUUUCUAAAACAGGAUUCUUUUGGAGGAAGGCUUCGCUGUUUAAAGUGGCACAAAAGUGCUUUCAGCGUAUGGUGCAGAUAGGGCUUUAGGAAAAGAGGAUUUCAAACGAUGGCCUGAUUACCUGGGUUUUUCACGAAUCAAGAAUAUCUGUGAUCAUUAUUCCAUUUUGCGCCCCCUGUCCUCCUUCCAAGUUGCUCAGGGCGACAGAACAUGAGGUUAUUCCAUUUUACAAUUGCAUCAACUUCAAGGGUUUUUUGAAGGGGGGAGGGGAGAAGCUACAUGUUAUUAUUCAGCAUAUGACUUCAUUUCAUUGCUUGCCAUCUGCAGAGGAAGUGGAUUCUGUCAGAAUUAAGCCAGCUGCGUUAAUAUGAGUGUAAAGGAGUAGCAGCGAUUUGCGAUGAGAUCAGUGUAGCUACCUAUGGUGCUAGAAUUUUUUUACUAAAUCCGCACGAAGACGGUGUAUGGCUGAAGAAGCAUCACAAAUGAAUUAUUGGCUUAAUUUUCUGCACAAUGUAUGUCACAAGAUGCUACAGGUCUGUUUUAACUUAUGCAGGGAGACUGUGUUCCCUCUCUAUCUCUCCUUCCUUCCCUCUCCAGGGUUGCGGUGUAAUGCGAAAACAUGCAUGUUAAAAACACAACUAAUCUAAGGAGAGUUAUCGCUGGGUAAUCUGACUCAGUCAAAUUAGAUGGGCUGGACUGGGUAGCAAUUCAUGCCCCAGGGAAACAUCUUUUCGCAAACUUCCUAUCUUUCCAACACAUAUUGCUAGAUUUUGGCAUGCACAAAUGCAAGCAGAGAGCUGUUUAUCACUCGGGAAGCCAUCCAAAGACUAACUGUGGAAGCAAAGGCACACUUGAAAUCUAUCUCACGCCAUUCCUGAAGCUGCUUUUAAAUAUUUGCAUUCGUAUGGGUUUUCUGAGGAAAACAACAGUAAUUUCAAGUUGCUGCUGCUGCUGUUUUAAAAUCAAUUGUGCUGCAGAAGCAGAACUCUAUAUUUGGUGCAGCAUCAAGCAAGGAAGAGUAAGGUUGCUAAUGCUGGAUUUUAUUUUUAUUUUUUGAAGAUCAUCUCACCCUAUGCCAUCUUAUCAAGAGGUCCAUUCCAAACAAUGUAGGAAUCAUGCCAUUGGUGUUGUGACAUCAGCCCUUUGGAAUUCACUCCUGUUCAAUAUUAGACAUGUGCUGUCUCUGCUGUUUUUCCAGCACCUUCUGAAGACCUUUUCCCAACAAGCCUAAAUCUUCCCCAGCUUGCAUCUUUGCUGGAAUUGCUUUUAAGAUGUUUUAGAUGAAGGAAAGGAAAGAAUGAAACUGUUUAAAAUGAAAAGAUAGGACAGAAUGAAAGGCUUUGAUGUAUGCCUCAAAAAUAUUAUACAGUCAUACCUUGGUUUUGGAACAGCCUAGUUCCCAAAUGUUUUGGCUCCCGAACGCUGCAAACCUGGAAGUGACUGUUCCAGUUGGCGAACUAUUUUGGGAAGCCGAACAUCUAGCGGGGCUUCUGAUUGGCUGCAAGAGCUUCCUUAAGCCAAUCAGAAGGUGCGUUUUGGUUUCCAAACGUUUUGGAAGUUGAAUGGACUUCCGGAACGGAUUCUGUUUGACUUCCAAGGUACAACUGUGUACUAAUAAAGAAUGAAUAUAUCAGAAGCAUAUAUGCUGCAAGCAAGCAUUGACUUACUGGGUUGCCAAAUACACAAGCUGACCAUGAUGAUGCUUCUAUAUUAAGGUUGCCAACUUUCUAAUAACACAAGGUGCAUUUAAUCUUGACACUAUUGCCUCCCUCCUUGCCCUCUGUCCCCUGUCUGCUACUGGCUUUGAUGCGAAAAUGUAAUAAAGAGGUACGCUUAAAGAUGUUGUCUGUUUGGGAAAGUCAUACUGAGCACCGUAUUUUUCACCCUAUAGGACGCACUUUUUCCCCUUCAAAAAUGAAGGGAAAAUGUGUGUGCGUCCUAUGGGGCAAAUGCAGGCUUGCGGGUGGCAGCCUGCAGCUCAAAGCACGGGGCGCCCUCCGGAGGACGCCCCGUGCUUCGCGCAGGUGUCCGCAAGCCUUGUGCGCCCGGGGGGAGUUCCCACGGGCUCGCAAGGCUUGCGGGCGGCAGCCUGCAGCUCAAAGCACGGCGCGCUCGGGGGGCAACAGCCUGUUCUGGGGGCUGGGGUCGGGGGAAGCUCGGGCCCCCAGCUCCCAGCAACGCAAGCAAGCUCCGGGAGCGAUGGCGAGGUUGCAAAACCUCGCCAUCGCUCCCGGACCCCUUCUGGGGGCUGGGGACGGGGGCAGCUCCGGCUUCCCCCGCCCCCAGCCCCGCAAGCAAGCUCCGGGAGCGAUGGCGAGGUUGCACAAUCUCGCCAUUGCUCCCGGACCCGUUCUGGGGGCUGGGGACAGGGGAAGCUCCGGCUUCCCCAGCCCCGCAAGCAAGCUCCGGGAGCGAUGGCGAGGUUGCAAAACCUCGCCAUCACUCCCGGACCCAUUCUGGGGGCUGGGGAUUGGGGAAGCUCGGGCUUCCCCCGCCCCCAGCCCCGCAAGCUCUGGGAGCGAUGGUGAGGUUGCGCAACCUCGCCUUCGCUCCUGGACCCGCAGCCCCGAGGCUAAAAACGAAGCCAGGACAGCGAGCGGGAUCCAUCCCGCUCGCUGUUAUGGCUUCUUUGCUCUUUGGGGCUCGGGGGGGAAAUAAUUUUUUUUUCUUUAUUCCCCCCCCCAAAAAAUAAGUGCGUCCUAUGGGCUGGUGCGUCCUAUAGGGCAAAAAAUAUGGUACCUAUGUAGUGGUGACAGACGAUAGCCGCCAUUGCUUGCUGUUCGCUUUAGGGGGAAGCAAUCAUAUGAUCUCACAUGCAGCACCCUAAACACUGUUUCAGCACCCUAGGCUCCUGUUUCUUGAAACAUCUGUGUAUACCUUUUUUUAAGAUAGCAAGAAAGCUUAAAUGGCAAGUGGAACAAAGCUAAAUGGUUGAUUGUGACAACUAAUCGUAAUUUUUACAGGGGUGAAAAUGUUCCUAGCAUCAAACAGCUGGAAGCAUUAGCCACAUCAAUAAAGAAUAUUAGCAUUAGCUAGCAGCAGGUAUACCUGCAAUUAGAAUGACUCAUGAUAACAGUUGUUUGUUUUUCCAAAGUUCAUAUAUUCUUUCAUCCACUAGAUAUUUUACAGUCAAGAGAAUAGCUUCGCCAGUUAUGGAUUUGUUGUGAAAGGAGCCACUACAAAGAACUAAGACCAUCCUCUCCCCCAGCUUCAGGAACUCAUUUGUUGACUUAACAGGGCUUUGUUUAAAUUUCAGGGGGAAACCAAACUUGCUGGACAUGGGAUCUCUGAUGAUCAAACCCAUCCAACGUGUGAUGAAGUAUCCCUUGUUGCUAUGUGAGCUCUUGAAUGCAACUCCCAGGUCCCACCCGGACCACACAGCACUGCAGGAUGCCUUGGUUGCUGUGAAAGGCAUGAAUACAAAUAUAAAUGAACUUAAAAGAAGAAAGGAUUUAGGUAAGACAGUGUCAACAAUGUGGGGUAAUUGCAGGGAAAGGCUAUUUCCUUCAAACCCGGCUUGAGGGCUUUUCAGAAGCAUCUCAUUGGCUACUGGAGAAUACAGGAUGCUGGACACAUGGACCCUUGGCCUUAUCCAGUGGGGUUCUUGUAAUUUUUGGCUUGUGCUCUCAAAAAUGCAAUAAGUCUUGGCUUCAACCUAUGUUUCAACUGCCUUUCCAAGUAUUGUUUAUGUUCCCAUGUCAGUUUGGGUGCAUGCUCUGUGAGAAGGAGUUUGGAAGCUUACAUUUUAGUUUAGCCACAGUUUAGGGUGUGUCUAAACACUAAACUGGCUAAACUCAACUAUGGUUAGUAGAAACAAGGCAGCUUCAUAAACCAUGGUUUGAAGUUGUCUGGUUUUUCUGGGUUUGGACAACAGUGCAAACUAUAUUUCAGGGGUGGCCAACUCCCAAGAGACUGCGAUCUACUCGCAGAGUUAAAAACUAGCAGUGCUCUACCCCCUUUUUUGGGGUUCAGGUCAAAGUUGUUGAGCUUCUUUUUAUGGGCUGCAGGGCUAAAAUUUUUAGCUUUUUUUAGGGGAGCCAAAGUUCUUGUUCUUCUUUGGGGGGAGCCAGUGAUCUGCCAGUGAUCUACCACAAACGUCCAGUGAUCUACCUGUUGGCUAUGCCUGCUAUAUUUAAUGAAAAGAAACUUCCUAACGUGAAAGCCUCUGAACUCCAUUGCGUGGUGGCAGAGGAGAAGGUCAGGAUUAGCUAAGAGAGGGGCAGGAUGUAAGUCUUAUUCAUGUUGUGAUAAACCAUAAUUUAUCUGAACACAGCCACUGACAACAUCCUUUAAAAAUGUUAAUGUGUGCCUUGCAGAAUUAAACCAAAGUCCGUCUUGUUCAACAUUCUGUUUUUCAAGUUACCAGCUAGGUGACCUCAGAUGUUUAUGAGAAAAACAGCAUACAGUAUUUGACUUCCAGCCUACUGGUCUUAACUAGUGAGGGAGAAAAUGAAAUAUUAUAUUUGUUUCAGGUCCACCAUUGGAUUCUUGCAUUUGCAUAAGGUGUAUAAGAAAGUUGGGGCAUUUUUUUCUUGUUAUGUUUCAGCUUCUGUCAAGCAAAUUCACUAGGGAUUUAAAUCGUGAAGGCAUGGAAAUUAUUAUAGCACACGGAAUUAUAUGUUCUGCAGUAAAUAGCAUCAAAGGAGCUACUACAAACAACAGGAACAAUUAGAGAGAUGGAUUUUUAAAAGCUUAUAUGGCCACAAUGAUUUUCAUUAUCCUUGUUAUUUCCAUAGGUAGUAACCUUCAUCUCUUUCUGUCUUUUGUUGGUCUCUUCAUGACUUUGAAGGACAGUAGGAUAAGCCCCAUAUAAAUGCAGAUUUGAUGUAUUGAUGUGUUUUUUUCUAAUUGCAGUGCUGAAGUAUAAGAAAAAUGACGAAGAUGAAUCUUUAAAAGAGAAAUUUGCAAGACUAAACAUUCACUCGAUUAGUAAAAAAUCGAAGAGAGUAACUGGCCACCUGAAAAUUCUGACUGGAGGAGAACCUCAGGUAUUUAGGUGUCUGGCAUUUUUCUUUACAGAGUGUUUUAAAGGGCAUAAACUAGGAGUGGAGAAGCUUUUUUGCUCCAUUGGCCAGACCCCUAAUCAGGGUCGGUCUUGCAGAUCAAAUUCGACAGGCAGACAGGACUGCCCACUGGGCACUGCAGCACAAGGCUCUGUGCUUGGCAUUUUCAUAAGAAGUCCUGUGUUUCUGAUGGGGCUGCUUUUCCAGUGGGAUAAGAAGGGGCAAUGCUUAUAUUGCAUCUUCUGCUCUGGAAUGGGCUUGUUGAUGCAGCACAGAGGUUCAGGAGUGUCCAACCAUCACUGUCACCCCCUUGGAGCCAGGGAGCUGCAAUCACACAGUCUCUGCAGCUGCUCAUAUGAUGGGACUGUCCAUCAUUAAUAGAUUUAUUGUGGCAGGAAGAGGACUGGAGAGCACAGCAGGCAACAUUCAUUCUGGCUCUGCAGCGCAGCAUGGCUCCCUGUUUUGCAAAGGAAUUCAGGAAUCUAAAUGGAUAUUGUAUUCAUGUUUCCCAAACGAGGGUGCAUUCCCCCACUGGCAACCUUCUGUGGGGCCACGUGUCAGGAGUGGGCAGGGCUGGAAGUCAUAGUAUGUGAUGCUAGAGUAAAAAAUGAGUAAAAAAUGGGCAAUGGAUGGAAUGAUUACAUUGAUAUGCUAAGCCACACAAAGGCCAAAGGUUUGGACAAAAAUCUCUCCAUCCUGGCAAGUAAAAGGCAUUAUGAUAGCUCUUGCGAAGAGUGUGGGCAAUGAAUGUGGCCUUAUCAGCUGUGAAAACUGAUGGUGGCCAUUGUGAAUUACCGUAUUUUUUGCUCUAUAAGACUCACUUUUCCCCUCCUAAAAAGUAAGGGGAAAUUUGUGUGCGUCUUAUGGAGCGAAUGCACGCUACGCAGCUAUCCCAGAAGCCAAAAUAGCAAGAGGGAUCGCUGCGCAAUGAAAGCAGCAAUCCCUCUUGCUGUUCUGGCUUCUGGGAUUCAGAAUAUUUUUUUUCUUGUUUUCCUCCUCCAAAAACUAGGUGCGUCUUAUAGAGCGAAAAAUACGGUAUAUCCUAUGUUACAUCUGGACUAUGGAGACUAGGACCAGGGUUUUUUUUCAGCCAGAACUCAGCAGAACUCUCUUCCAGCAUCUCUCAGGUGGCCACCGUUGCAUUAUAAGAGAACAGGGGAGACGUUCAUGUGAAUUCCGGCACCUCUUUUUCUAGAAAAAUAGCACUGACUAAGACUGCUAAUGUAGUUCUCCCAGUCCCCAGAGUGAGGCCUGUUUAGAUGAGCCAUGUGACUCUCCCACAUCUUCCAAACUACACAACACACACACACAUACACACAAGUUAUAACUAUCUGCUAGCAGCACUCGCAGCCUUCCAAUGCCAGCCACCGUGAAAUAUCCUUAAUUGCGAAGAGAAGCUAUUUUUAUUCAGACAGUAAAUUCUCUCUGGUUUGGUGUUCUUUUUGCAAACACUUUUCAAACUCAAAUACUGGAGAAACACUUUGAGUGGGGGGAUGAGAUGAUGCUUUUAUGAAUGACUGAGCAUCCUUCCCCCCCUUUAAUUAGAGGUUCAGAGCACUCACAUUUCACAUCUCUGACAUCUGCAGCAACUCCUACUGCAUUAGAAGAGAAGACCAGAUUUGACACUUCCAAGGUUGUUGCCGUCAUCUUCUCUCUCUCUCUCUUCUAUACAAAGAAAGAAAACUGAAGCAAAUAAAAACGCCAACCCUCUUUUACAAAUCGGGGCAAGUAUUGGUCAGCCUCUGAAAUAAUAGAGUCUCUCUCAAACUUUGCGCAAGUAUUAAUUCUGCAGAAGUACAGUAAUGAGCAGAGGGACAGACAAAUGCAUGAUAUAAAAUGAUGCAUUGCUCGUAUACAUUUUUAUGCAAGCUAAGAGAGCAUCAUAAAGAUGAAAGUCUAGGCAAGUGUCAUAAAAUCAACCCCGUGCUUCUCUGAUAUCUUGCUGACCCUACUUAACAAGCAAAGGGAAAUUUCUGUCACUUCUCUUAAGCUUACCACUCCUCCUUUUCUUUUUGCUGUUAAAACUUUUAACAGUUGCAUGUGUGUUCCAAGCACGCAGGAGGUUAGCAGGUGUUUAUGAACUGCAGUGGGAUGGCUUUGCAAUACACACUAUGUUCAAAAUCUUUUAUCCUGUUGGGGUUGUCGUGCUUACCCGAUCUCCUGAAAGCCGAGUCACUGCUGCAUACCAGGAGAGAGAGAGGGUAGGUAGGUUGGCGCGGUGCAAAUGUACUGGCAGAGCCAAUCCAAUGCUGCUGCUGAUACAUUUGCACUGUGUCAACCUCCCUGCUGCCUCAAUCCCUCUCCCUGUACCUCCUAAAUAAGUAGCAGAAACACAGCUAUCAGGAGGUCAGGUGUGACAACUUCUAUCUCAUGAGGUUCACAUUUCUGCAUGAGUGGUCCAGACAGAUGUUUUGCACUGCCCUCAUUCUAGGGCAAUGCUGUUCCCCUACUUCAUAUCUGCUUCAUUGUCACAGUCGUAGAUAUUUGCAUAUGUAUGUAUGCAUGCAUGAGAAUUUGUAUUAUUUAAUAAUCUGGGCGGCUUCCAACAGAAUAUUAAAAUACAAUAGUCUAUUAAACAUUAAAAGCUUCCCUAAACAGGGCUGCCUUCAGAUGUCUUCUAAAAGUCUGGCAGUGGUUUUUCUCUUUGACAUCUGGUGGGAGGGUGUUCCACAGGGUGGGUGCCACCACUGAGAAGGCCCUCUGCCUGGUUCCCUGUAACUUGGCUUCUCACAGCAAGGGAACCGCCAAAAGGCCCUCGGCACUGGACCUCAGUGUCCGGGCAGAAAGAUGGGGGUGGAGAUGCUCCUUCAGAUAUACUGGACCGAGGCCGUUUAGCGCUUUAAAGGUCAGCACCAACACUUUGAAUUGUGCUCAGAAACGUACUGGGAGCCAAUGUAGGUUUUUCAAGACCGGUGUUAUGUGGUCUUGGCGGCCACUUCCAGUUACCAGUCUAGCUGCCGCAUUCUGGAUUAGUUGUAGCUUCCAGGUCACCUUCAAAGGUAGCCCCACGUUGAGUGCAUUGCAGUAGUCCAAGCGAGAGAUAACAGAGCAUGCACCACUCUGGCGAGACAGUCUGUGGGUAGGUAGGGCCUCAGCCUGUGUACCAGAUGGAGCUGAUAAACAGCUGCCCUGGACACAGAAUUGACCUGUGCCUCCAUGGACAGCUGAGUCCAAAAUGACUCAGGAGAUCAUGUGGCCCGUACUGGGCCCCGAUGGAACAGGUGGUUCCACUAAAUUGCGAACCACCUGAAAGAGUCUCCUGCUGCUGUUUUCUGCAGAUGCAAUAGAGGUGGUGAAGAAAGUCUUCCUCACUGUCAAGGCCACCACUUAGUAGGUUUGACAUUGAGCUCUAACCCGUGUCUGGUCAGCUUCAGAAUGAGUUAUCCGCCACCGGCACUCUAGCCAUCUCAGCAAUUGUUACAUAUAUAUAUAUACCUUUCUGUAAAGGUAGAAUCACUAGCAAUGAAAAUUAGAAAUUGCUAGCUAGAAAAGGUGGAACUCACUAGCAAUAAAAUUAAUGGAAUAGAGCAAAAUCAUAAAAAUUCAAAAAUUUAAAGCGGACACGGGAAUAGCAAUCAAACAGAAUUAAAGCAAUAGCAUCAAUGGAACAGUUUAAAAAGCAACACCAGAAAAACUCCAAUGAAAACGUCAUGGCUGAGCUGUUCAUCAAAAGGUCCCACACAGAAAAGUCCCUGUCCCUCAUAUUCACUCUUUGUGCUUCAAAUGGUGGGGGGGAUAUGGAGCAUGACCCCAGGCAGCAGGCAGACUCAUAAGGGUGGAGAACAUCUAUCUAUCCAUCUAUCCACACAAACACACACUCCCUUAAUUCAUGUGCAUUUUUUGUGGACGUUUAUUGAUUAUACAGAAGGCAGACUCAUCAAUGUGGAGGAUGUCUCUUUGGGUAUCUAUCCAUUCAUAAAAACACACAGUACUUCUUCAAUUCUCCACUUUCUGCAGACGAUACAACUUACUGGUUGCUUACUGUUCCCUUCUCAGGUUCCCACACUACAUCUCUCCCCCACUGCCAUCAAAUUUGAUCAAAUUUGUGUCACUCUUGCCUUAUGAUAACAAUUGCAUAAAUUCAGCAUUACUUUUAAAAGAAUGAAAUGGAACUUGUAAUUCUGAGAGGAUGAAGGGUAUAUCUGGGAACACGGGCAAAGGGACUGAAAUGAAAUGUGACAAGAUAUAGCCCUGGUUUGGGCACAAUUCUAAACUAUGGUUUAGCGUUCUGUGAAUGAGCUUGUGUGAGCCUUGGACUUAUGCAUUCCUCCCCUCUCUGAUGCAGCUGUGAGGAGGAGAUUGAAAAUUGACACAAAAGCUUCCAGUUAGCCAUGUUUUAGCAUUUCAUUUGAACUGAAACAAGUCAGUUACAUAAACCAAAGCCUGAAGGUGUCUUUCUAGCUAAGACUAACCAUGGUUUGUCUGCCUCCAGAAGAAACAACAAACCGUAGAUAAAAAUGACAACAGAAUCUUCCAACCUCCUCUCCUCCUCUUGGCUUGAGGUUGGCUCAGCUCAUUCAUUCCAAUAAUGAUAAGCCAUAAUUUAUCACUAUGUCUUAAUGAGACCACAGUCUAAGAGCACUUAAAGCUAUUCUUGUAGCUUCAGUGGAAGGAAUGCAGAAAUACUUUAUGCAAUAUCUCUGCUAGUGUUAGGGCUACUCCACCAGUUACUAAUGAGUGGCCUCUGCUCCUGAUCUCGGUGUUGCCCUGUGUUUUAGGUGAAAGAUGAAACUUUUAAUAAAGAGGAGAAGUUAUUUAGAAGUUUGGAAAAGACAGUCAAACUCUGCGUGAAGAAUAUUUCAGUGUCUCUACAGCAUCUGAAGGUGAGUGUUAAAGCAGCACAACUAAAAAAAGAAUCCAUUUGCUACUUGCAUGUUGCAAGCGAAUAUUAGCUGCUUCUGAAUGAGUGUGAAACUUGAAUCCACUGGAUGAGACGUUUUAAAUCAAAAGACCAGGAUGAAUUCUCAAGUUGCAUAAUGAUAUGAAGGUUAGACCUCAAUUAGUGUGGCUCCUGGCAAAAGCUUUUAGGGCUAUAUUAGUCCAAGGCAUGGGUGGCUCCAUGUCACUCUGUAUGCUGCUUGACAACAGCUCCCAUUAUCACUGACUGUUGGUCAUGCUGUUUGGGGAGGAUGAGAAGUGGACAUCUGCGGGGGCUACAGGUUCCUCAUCCUUGGUCAAAGGCCUGGUGCAGAAGAAGAUGGUGGUUUGCAGGCUGGUGUAAGCAUGAGAAAAAACUAAAACACUUCCUGGAUCAAGUAGGAAAUAUGACAAAUCUAAACGAGAGAGAUUGUAGCCGAGUCCGGUCUUUGCAGAGAUAAUUUCCUGCUUGGGUAGAACUUUUCACACAAGAUCCUCUGAAACGAACUAUCCAUUGGUGCACCUCAUUCUGUUUUAAGUUAAUAUCAAGUCAAGCAGACUUCUAGCUUCCUUAGUGGGGGUGUCAUCCACUGAAACACAUGCUAGGAUUGGAGGGGAAUGCAGACUGCUUUGCACAUGGGUGGGGAACCUCCAGAUCUUGCUGGACUACAAUUCCCAUCAUCUUUGACCAUUGGCCACACUGGUCAGAUGGGAGUUGCAGUCCAUUAACAUCUGGAUGGGCCACAAAUGGCCCAACCUUGACCUAGCCGUUUCAUUUCCUUCAUGUGCAUCCUCUUCCAUUUGCGUGUACACCUGAGCAUGCGCAUCUUUUGCCCAUUUCAUCGUUUCCAUCAUUUCCAGGAGUCUACGCUUCUAGCUGCACAGAAUGUAACCGAACUUCAAGAUUUUCUGCAAGAGAAAGAAGAUGAGGAAAGUGGCUCUUCAAACACCUUGAUUAAUGCUGAAAAGCCCAGCGAACGAUAUGUAUGUUCUUGAAAGAUAUUGGUUUCAAACAAAAGAUAAGGGAUAGGGAGUUUAAGGAAGUUUGUUGCUUCUGCAACAAAGCCAGCAGAAGGUGUGGUUUUUUUACCCAGCUUCCUGAAGCCCUGAUUUCUUGCAAAUAAAAAUUCUAGCCUUCCACAAUGAGGAGGAAGGAAGAUUUCAGCCCUUGUCAGUCAUUACUGGUAUGAAGGGGCAAAAUGAGUAAAAAAGUGCUGCCACAUGGUUCCUUCCAGCUUUCCACAUAUUCAGGGGAAAUGUCUGCAGCAGAAAGGCCUCUGUACUUGUGUAGGCAAGCAACACAAAUCCUGGGCCAAGGGUUCUAAAUUCAGGGUAAAUGUGUUGAUAGCCUUACAACAGUUUUUCUGGAAUCACGUUGCCUCACAAACAGAUGUGGCGUGAGUAGUUCUUGUGCUGGAUCAGGGCUAUACCCUGUGAUUAAUUCCGUCCUUAAUCCCCAGACACAUAUUUAUUUAUAGAUUUCUCUGCCCCACCUUUAACUCCAAAAUUGGGAGGUUUACAAAAAUACGGCAAUUUGAAAACAUAAUACAUAGCCAACGGAAACAUUAAAAUCAUUAUUGCACGUUACAUAAUUAGCAUCAUCAUUAAAAAGCGACUUAACCCAUCAGUUCCUAAAAUGCAUUUAUUUGUCUUAUUGCCCUUAUAUCCCACCUUUUCCUGCGAGGAGCUCCAGGUACAGUGGUACCUCAGGUUACAUACGCUUCAGGUUACAUACGCUUCAGGUUACAGGCUCCGCUAACCCAGAAAUAGUGCUUCAGGUUAAGAACUUUGCUUCAGGAUGAGAACAGAAAUCGUGCUCCGGUGGCGCGGCAGCAGCAGGAGGCCCCAUUAGCUAAAGUGGUGCUUCAGGUUAAGAACAGUUUCAGGUUAAGUAUGGACCUCCGGAACAAAUUAAGUACUUAACCCGAGGUACCACUGUACAUGGUUCUCCUCAUCCUCAUUUAAUCCCCACAAUGAAAACUCUGAGGUAGGUUAGCCUGAGAAGCCCAAGGUUGCCCAGCGAGCUUCAUGGCCGAGUGGGGAUUUGAACCCUGCCCUCCCAGGUACAAGUCUGACCCUCUAAUCAAACCAAAGGAAUGUUACCAGGUUGAGGUGAGACGUACUUCAGAGGGAAGACCAUUCUGUGGAUAUGUAACUGGUAGAGAAGGAGAAAUGUUAGCUUUAAAGGAGGAGAGGUGGGUGGUGAAGAUUUAUUUGUUGUCUCUCUUUCCCUACCUGUGCACAUCUAGGCAGAGCAAGUAGAGAAGAUGGUUUUGGCCCCCCUGUCAGCGUUGCAGGCCCUCUUCCCAGGCCCUCAGAAGCUCAUCCAGAAGCGCUAUGACAAACUGCUGGAUUAUAAUAGCUACCACCAAAAGGCGGCGGGAGAGGAGAUGGAUUUGGCCAGGAAAGAAUACAAGGCUCUCAAUGCCCAGCUGGUGGAGGAACUCCAGACGUUCAACCGGGCAGCAAAGCAAAUCGUGACCAACUGCCUGUGUUGCCUCGUCACUCUCCUGCGAGGGAUGAUGUCAUCAGCACUGCAGUCCUAUUCCACGGGGGAAUCCCUCACAUCAGUAAGUCGGCUGUAGAUAUACUCAUAUUGAGAUGAUUACAAUUAAGGUUGCCUGUCUGCUAUGCACCUUUGAAAUCUUAUUUAAAAACCAAAAGCCUAGGAGAAUUAUAUUUGACAAAUACAGUGGUCCUUCGGGUUACAGACACCUCGGGUUACAGGCUUCAGGUUAUAGACUCCGCUAACCCAGAAAUAGUACCUCAGGUUAAGAACUUUACCUCAGGAUGAGAACAGAAAUUGCAUGGCAGUGGCAGGGCAGCAGCGGGAGGCCCCAUUAGCUAAUGUGGUACCUCAGGUUAAGAACAGUUUUAGGUUAAGUAUGGACCUCCAGAACAAAUUAAGUUCUUAACCCGAGGUGCCACUGUAAUAUGAACUUGGGUCACACACACACACACACACACACACACACACACACACCCCAUACACCAUACACUUAAUGCACAUUUAAAGCACUUGGCUUCCCUCAAAGAAUCCUGGAAACUGUAGUUCAUCCCUGACAGAGCUACAUUUCCCAACACUCUUAACAGGCUGCAUGAAAUUAGGGCAAGACCACCUCCAAUUCUGUGGUUUUAAGAUGGGGUUGGCAUAUUUCCAAAAGUGAAAAUCUGGACACAAAAGUUUUGAGCUUUUUGGGGGGCCAAAGUUGUUGAUUUUUAUUUUUUUUUAAGGAAAAGCAUCAAAAAAUCAACGCUUCAGAUAUGGGCUGUCAUACGCCUGGGUUCCCCAGACAUUUUUGCUGCUUUUUGAACAUUUUUGACGGACGAAUCUCAGCUAUGUCUGGACAUACUGUAUGGCAGCCCUAUUUUAUGAGCCAGUCACACUAAGCCAAGCCAUGGUUUAGUGUGAACGUGCAGAUGUGUGGGUUCCUGGAGAGAAUAUUGUGACUGCUUUGCUCCUCUGGUCCUGCUGCUGCUGCUGCGAACCAAGGGACAGUUUGGUUUAGUGCGAUGCCCAAACCCAGGCGUGUGGUUUAUCUUUCUCCAGAUAAAUAACCAGCUUGGUUUCUUCCAUGACUUGGCACUCGGGAUUUGAAGUUCUCUGAUCUGGAUGAUACCAGAGCAAAAAAUCACCGUGGUUAGGGUAUCUCUAUCCAGAAUUAAUCCUGGAUAUAGUACAGCUGCAGUCCGAUGCUCAUUGAUUUGGAAUUAAGCCCUGUUGAACUCAAUUAAACAGAUAUGGGGCUGGGCUGCCUGGGUUAUUAAAUGAUUGUGUGCUUGGACAGUUUUGCCUUCCCCGCUGUCCCAGAAAAUGACAUGCUUCUUAGCAUAUUAUUUGGUUUUCUGUAGUGUGAUUCUGCCAGCGUGUGAAGGGUGCCCUCUAGCGUCCUUUGGUUCAACCAGGUUUUGUGCCACCUGGUUGGAUGUUGUUUCCCUUUAAUUGACUCAGCAUUGUUGCUAGGUAAUAAGUGUUUUUCAAUGUGUAUGUAUUAAAAUGAGUUUAAUAUAUGCAACUGAGCAGCGGUGGGAAGCGUAGUUCUGCUCUCAUGUGCAGUGGCGUGUUGGAAAGAAAAUGAAAACAUCAAAGGAAAUAUUUAUUUGGGUGAGAGAGAGUGUCCUAGUGUAUACUACUACUCCUCAAACACAUGCAUACAAGAUAAUGAGGGCAAGUGGAUGACAUGCUUCCACUUGUGAUUAACCACAGUUUGUUGUGUCAGUCAGUCUUGGGAAACUCCGGUUAAUUUUAACAUCUACAAGUUUCCAAAAAGCCAGCUUCACAGUUCUGGGUUUGUGUAAUGUAUCAGGCUAUGGUUAAAAGCAGAAACGAAAGCUGCCAAACCCCAAUUAGCCAUAGGGGAGAGGGAAGCAUGGAAGCUUUUGAGGUGGGCUUAUUCAUAUCUUGCUGGGCUAGGGAUGGGGAACCUCUGGCCCUCUAGAUGUAAUUGGAAUCCAACUCCUUGUCGUUCCCAUGCUGGGCCAAGGCCAAUGGUAAUUGAAGGCCAAUGGUUCAAGGGAUAGCUAGAUAUAUAAUAAAGGUUACCAUCUAGACUAGGGUAGUCUUUUUUUACCCAUGGGAGAAGAUAGCUCAGCUGGUAAUUUCAGGGUGAUGGGUUCAAGCCCCAUGUUGGGCAAAAAAAUCCUUCAUUGCAGGGUGUUGGACUAGAUGGGUCUUCUUGGUCCCUUCCAACUCUGCAAUUCUAUGAUUCUAUGUGUUGUUCACAUCAAAAAUUCAGCAUUGUGUCUGCAGAAAAUCAAGGGGUACAACAUCAGGCUUUCCCUGAUGAGCUUCUGCCAGAAGCCCCACCACAGGAAAAAGCAGUGAUGCUGUUCUAAGCCUGACAAAUCAGAACCAGCAUUAUGUAGAUAUACUCCCCGAUCCAUCACAGCUUGUGACUAAUCAUGUAAACUUGAACCUCUUUUGAACUUACAGCUGUCGUCUCCAAGCAUCAGCGAAGUUCAGCACCAGGUGCUCGAAGACAUACACAGUCUGAAUUUUGUCAAAGAAAACAACAGCAUAAAUUUCAUUGAGAGAAAGCUGAGCUUUGAAAAAAAGAAGCCAACCCCUCUCCAGGUUUGUAGCAUACAUUUGACAGGAGUCCCCGCUGGAAGUUUGGGAACUCCUGUAGGAAAAGCAAAAUGCCGGGCAGAGAAGUAAAUAUAUAGAAACCACAUUUUUAUUGCCAAUUGAAUCUACUGAAAGCUAAAUGUCUUUAGCUUCCCUUCCAACCCUAUUCCUUCACCCAUGCACUGUUAAGGCCCCAAUCCUACUAUGCAUUUUUACCUGGGAGUAAGUCCCGUUUGAGUUGUUACAAACUACUGCUGUGUCAACAACAGUAGUUGACUGGGCUGCAUUUCAGUUUCAGCUGUCUUAACUUUCUGUGGGUUGUUCUACUGUCUACUUUCAAUGCAUGAAUAUGUACACUUUAUUUGUUAAAUGAGCAGUCAUUUGCUUUGGAAAGAAAAGACUAAUCUUGCUUAUAAACUUGAGAUAUGAGUCUUGGAUUAUGCACGGCAGGAAUGGGAAAGUUGUGGUCCUUCAGACAAUGUUGGACUCCUGUUUCCAUCAGUGCCAGCCAACAUGUCCAAUGGCAACAGGUGAUGGGAGUUGUAGUCCAAAGAUAUGGGCAAGGGCAUGGAUUCCCCAUCCCUGAUGUAUAAAGUCAAGAGCUCAAAAGGACCUGGCUUGUGGUUAAGGAUUUGCACCUAGUGCUCAUUGAAAUCCGUGGGACUUGAAAUCCAUGGGUCAUGACUAACAUGUCCCAUUAAUUUAAAUGUGGUGUAAGUUCAUCUUAGUCUGGCUCCAAAGUUUCGUUGAGUUUUAACAGGUCAUAACUUCCAGGAGGUAUGCAUAGAAGUAAAGGGCAGGACUAACAAAGGGCUAACAAAGCCCUGCACAGUGUAUUCUGCUUGCACAACAAAUAACAACUUGUGGGAAUUGUUGUUGUGUUGCUGUUGUUGGCACCCAUCGGUCUCAAGAGACAAUGGAGUGUGCCUUCAGGGGGAAGUCAAAUUGCUGUGUUAGCAGCACCAAAGUGACCUCCCUGGGGAGUAAGCAGGUCCUGGGCUGCCCAGACAACAAGACCCCUCUCUCAGCCUCGCUGAUGUGGUCCAAAGGAAAGCAGAGAAAUUCAGCUUGGGGGAGUAGCUGGCAUUAAUCAGGGGAAAGGCACAAGGAUCAGGAGUUAAUCCCUCUUUUCCAAAGGAUCAUGCUCCCAAUCUGAAUUGGGUAUCGCUCUGUUAUUAACAUUGGGCAGGGAACAGAAAUGCAUGGGAUCUCUCUUAUUGCACCUAGCCUGGUCCAGAACUCCAAAAAGUGUGCCCAGCAAUGCAUUCCUCUGAAAGCAAACGCCACCCUGUGCCAUUCCUCUCCGAAACACGCUUGACAUUUCAUUCCACAGCCCUUGGCAAUGCCAUUGUCGUAAGCUCCUCUUCGAUUUGUGCAUAUUCAGUCCGCAGACACAUUUCCCACUAAACAUCUGUAUAGCAAUUCUAAUCUUCCGAUGUAUUUUUUUUUUUAUUACACAGGAAAACUUUAAAUGCCUUUCAUAGUGAUGGCAGGUGAUUUUAUUAUUAUUAUUAUUUUUUAAAAAAGGAGUGCUGGGAUUUAGACGUGUCUAGUGCACAAUGUCACCAAGAGCUGUGUAGAAGUCCUGCUUGUCCUCUAUCGGUAACUUCCCAUUCCAUAUCUAAAACAGCAUAAUCCGUGGAUUACGGGUUUCUCAAGCCUUGUGAUGUUACACGUCCCUGUCACUUUUGUGCGGGGUGACUUCAAAAUGCUUCCCGCUAAUUGACACCGACACUGAUAAGUGCAUUAAGACGGGAGGCGAAGGCAAAUUUCCUCUACAUGACUAUUCAUAGAGGACUAAUCUUACAGCCGUCAAAGUAAAGCGCACAGGUACCUCAGACUAUCUGCCAUGUACAAUAAGCCUCUGUUCGCUGCAGCAAUUUGUACACAGCUUUAACCUGUGAAUUUAAUGCCAUGGCACUGCAGUCUGCCCAAUAGUUCAUGGUUAACAAUGAGCCCAGCAGCCAAUUUCCACAAAAACCCUACUUACACGAGCAGUUUACUCACAUAGGCAUUGUUAGAUCGGGCCCGUCUUCUACGAAAUGACAAAUCACUGUGUGCGAGCUGUUAUUUUCCCAGGUCAGUGGAAAUGAGCGUGAAGCUAGGCAUGGUGUUAAAGUGUACUUAAAAAAUAUAUAUUGAAUAGCAUUCUUUGGAGGGAGCUGAUAACUAGCGGGGGUUAGAGCAGGUGAGGAAGGGAAGUUUAACCCUUUCUUCCCGUGCUACCAAUGGAGGGUUUCAGCCCUGUGAAAAUAGCUUCAAAUGAGUGUUUUUUGUCAGGACUUUAAGAAAGAGCCAAACCAUCUUCCACAUGUGCUGUAUCCUUUUUUUUAAUUAUCAACACACCCAGUGGCCACUAUCUCAUUUUUUAAAGAAGCAUUAAAUACAAAGGGGCAUUGAAUGCUGUAAGUGGUUUGGCCAUGGCUCUGUGUUGAAAUAAGCAAGAGUAUUCCAAUAAGCAACAUGCUAGAUUUAGACAUGGGUUACCAGGAUUCAAAUACCUAUUCAGCUACUGAAUUUAGAUACUUACGGUAAAGGUAAAGGGACCCCUGACCAUUAGGUCCAGUCGUGGCCGACUCUGGGGUUGCGGCACUCAUCUUGCUUUAUUGGCUGAGGGAGCCGGUGUACAGCUUCCAGGUCAUGUGGCCAGCAUGACUAAGCCGCUUCUGGCGAACCAGAGCAGUGCACGGAAACGCCAUUUACCUUCCCACCGGAAGCACCCACUUUGAGGUGCUUUCAAACUGCUAGGUUGGCAGGAGCAGGGACUGAGCAACGGGAGCUCACCCCCUCGCGGGAAUUCGAACCACCAACCUUCUGAUCGGCAAGUCCUAGGCUCUGUGGUUUAACCCACAGCUCCACCCGCGUCCCUAGAUACUUACAGAUUCACUGUUAAAACUGUGUUUUUGGAAGACAGUCUUACUGGGCUACGAGUGAUCGCCAAAGAAGAAGAAGAGAUACUGAAUAAUACCGACUUGCCAAGGGAGUGUGAUGGGGAUUGAUUGGGAAAGUGAAUGAGACAGAGAUUGUCAUAUAUGGUGGAGGAAAGAGGAGCAGGAAUGUUGAUUUACCCUGAAUAUGCUUUCCUAUGGCAUUGCAAUUGAAAGUAUGUCUCAAGCUGGGUUUUGUUUUGUUUCCAGCCUGAAUUUCCACGGCAGACUGAAAGCCACAGAUCCGUGAUACUCUCCACAUACAACUCAGACUUGCUGUACCAAGCCAAGCGCAAAUGCAACGCCACUCAGGAGUUUGAUAUUGAUCUCUACGAAGGAGAAUUGGUGGCUGUCGUGGAACGAAAGGAUCCUUUCGGAAGUACUGGCAGAUGGCUUGUUGACACUGGAAGUAAGUCCUCAGGCACAUUCAUCACAAUAUUGGAUCUCCUUUGGCUGUGAUGGUUAUUAAAUAUGGAUGCAACAGCCCUGUUGUGCCACGUUGUGACUUCUCACAGAGGUUGCGAGUAGUAUUCUAGCCUGCCCUGUGAGCUGGUCAUGGCUCACAUCACAAGUACCUAACCUAGCAUGAGUGGCAUUAUCCUGAGUAAGGAUUUGGCGCUGCUGGUGCAAAACAGAGCAACUUCCAACAUGAUGGAGUUUACGAAAACACAUAAGCUGUUCUUAAUUUAUAUUCUAUCCUGCUUGUACUGGGUUUCUGAAUUGCAGAAUUCUGGUCUUUAACUGGCAGUAUAUAUUUUAGGGGUGUGUGAAACGCUUCAUGUUUUAAAUAAAAUCUUUACAACACCCUAAAAAUAUCCCAGACUGAAGUCAAAUACAAAAGAAGAAAGAAAAUUAAAAUGCACAUUUUACAGUAGCACAGAUAACAUAACUAAAUAAGUUAUCUAAGAUAACCUCUUAAACAUCAAUAUAAGCUAAAACAACUGACGUAUUGGGCGCCAUAACAACUAUUAGCAGAUCCAAAAUACUAAAAUACAACAGACGCAACCAGCGUCACCCACCAAGUAGGCAAACAUGUAUUUAUAGGUAGCAGCUACAUUCCCACCUUGGCAGCUAUCUCUCCUACUUACAUGGAAUAAGGCAUCACCCACAAUAUUUCCUCCUUCACCUCCAAAGGCUAAAGCAACAAAAAAAGGAGGUGUCACUCUUGCCCUCUUCAUGACCCCAAAGGGCCAAACCCCUUUUUUGUUACCCCUUCUGUGUCACCCAACCCAGAGUGGCCUGCCACACCACAACAACACUAGUUGUAAGACUAGGGACCGCCAGUGACUUCUGCCCAGCCUCACUGGGGGGAUUAUGGCCCAGACUAGGUAUAUGAGAGAACAUGGUGGACAAGAGGAACCAAGUGGUCUCCCCACUGUUUCCAUACUCCUUAUUGGUGGCAAGCCUUUCUUUGCUUUUUAUGAAGGGCAGAAGGACUGGGGAGCAGGGAAGCACAUCCUAAUUUCUUUAAAUUUUCCUCCUCCCUCCCUAGUUUCAAAAGGAUACGUUUACUCCUCCUUCCUGAAGCCCUACAAUCCAGCGAAGGCACAAAAGGAGGCUUCAGAUGCCAGUUUCUGCGACGGCGACUUUGAUAACAUCAGCCUUUUUGUCUCCGUGAGGCAAGUGGAUGACGGCAGCACAAAACCCGCAGGGCAGCACAAGAGAAGCGGAAGCAGCUCUUCCUACAAUAGCCUGUGUGAAAAGGCAACUAUUAAUGGGACAGAGGUGGAUUGCUUCUAUGGAGUGGACGACCAAGAUGUAAGCAUCAUGAGUUCACCUUCAUUCCCCUCCUCCUUGUAGCUGCUUUCUCACCUGUUCUCUCCAGGCGUGUGAGCAGCAAGGAGAAGACACACAAAUGAGUAGUGGCAAGGAGGUGGCCCCCUCAGAGAAUCUUCAGAAGGGGUGUGGCUUGGUGGAAGAGCAUCCAUCUCAUAUGCAGAAGGUCUGAGGUUCAGUCACUGGCAUUGCCAGUUCAGACUGGAGAGAGCCCCGUCUAAAACCAGAGACAGCAGCUGCCAGUCAGUGUGAAUAAUGCUAAGCUAGACAGUGUAAGUCAGUUGGUCCUACUUUGCCCAAAGACCUGUCCAAAGGUCAUAGUAUUAUAGCAUCAUAGAAUGCAUAGAGUCCAACCACCUGCAAUGCAGCAAUGUCAGCUAAAGCAUCCAUGACAGAUGGCCACCCAAGCUCUGCUUAAAAGCCUCCAAAGAAGGAAAGUCCCCAACCUCCUGAGGGAGACCAUUCCACUGUCGAACAGCUCUUACUGUCAGAAAGUUUUUUUUUCUGUUGUCCCUUGCUGUGAUGAGAGGAAGAGCAUGUCAAAGGAAGCUUUAGAUUUGAAGAAGACUAUGUCAAACUUAGAGGGAUGCGGGUGGCACUGUGGGUUAAACCACAGUGCCUAGGGCUUGCCGAUCAGAAGGUUGGCGGUUCGAAUCCCCGUGAUGGGGUGAGCUCCUGUUGCUCGGUCCCUGCUCCUGCCAACCUAGCAGUUUGAAAGCACAAAGUGCAAGUAGAUAAAUAGGUACUGCUCUGGCGGGAAGGUAAACGGCGUUUCUGUGCACUGCUCUGGUUCGCCAGAAGCGGCUUAGUCAUGCUGGCCACAUGACCCGGAAGCUGUACACCGGCUCCCUCGGCCAAUAAAGAGAGAUGAGCACCGCAACCCCAGAGUCGGUCAUGACUGGACCUAAUGGUCGUGGGUCCCUUUACCUUUACCUAUGUCAAACUUAGCAGCAGCCCAUAGGAAAUAUUCUAAAGUUGUGAAGUGGUGCUUCUGGAAACUGUGAGGCCCUAUCAUGCUGCCCAGUUUCUGAACUAGGAACUCUGAGGCUGCCCACCUGGAUUUGAGAAUCAUGGGACUGAGGAUCAUCUAGUACAACCCACUGCACUGCAGGAAUAUGCAGCUGUCCCAUAUGGGGGAUCAAACCUACAACUUUGGCACCAGGCUCUAGCCAACUGAGCUAUCCAGAUGAUAGCCUAGCACAGGUGCCACCUUUGGGAGGACAGACAGGCUAGAAAUGUAAUCAGCAAAUAAGAAAAAUAAGAAGUUCCCUCUUGCCUGCUGUUUGCCUUUCUGCAUCAAGGGUAGCCAGUGGGGUGCCCUCCAGAUGUUGGCCAUUCUGCCUGGGGUUGAUGGGACAUCCAAUAUUUGUAAUUUGGCAACAUCUGGAUGACAUCACAUUGGCUGCCUCUGGUUUGCAAACUCGCUUGUGUUUAUAGAAGGAGUGCUGCAUGUCACCAUAGCACGUAAGAGUUGCUUAUAUCCCAGGUUUCUGACAGGAGACAUUACCAGCCAUACCUGUGACCUUCUGCAUGACUAGCAGAUGCUCUCCCACUGACCUGCCACCUUUCCCAUUGGUGGUGUAUACAUACCAUACAUUUAAAGCACAUGGCUUUCCUCAAAGGAUCCUGAGAACUGCAGUCCAGCCCUCACAGCACAGUCCCUGAUAAAUGACAGUCCCUGAGAUUCUUUGGGGGGAGCUAUGUGCUUUUGAUGUGUGUAUGUAGCCAUUGUAUGUUGAAAGAGCAGCUAGGACCGAAAAGACAUUUUCUCUUUUGUUUCUCCCUCUCAGACAUUUUAUGCGGUUCAUGCAUUUCAAGCAAGGAGCCACCAGGAGCUCAGCCUUCAAGAGUACCAGCGAGUUCGGAUCCUUCGUUUUUCUGACCUGAGCGGCAACAAGGAAUGGUGGUUAGCAGAAGCGAAAGGACAAAAGGGAUACGUGCCAGCAAAUUACCUUGGGAAGAUGACUUACGCGUAAACAUCGGAAAUACUUACAACACCUAAUUCUCUGAAACGUCAGAGGCAAAAGUCUUCCGUUUUGCUCUGGUCUGCUCAAAAGUUCGUUUGUAAAUCAAGAGCUGAAGAACUUAUGAAGGAGGUAUUUAAAACAAAGAAAAAACUGUUUCCGGUCAUUGUCCUGAAUUGCUUGCAUCCUUUCUCUUUGCCACACUGCUUUUGUUGGAAUCUCCCCUGGUGUAUGGAGAGCCAGUGUGGCAACGUGGUUAGAAUGUCUGACUAGGACCUGGAGAGACCAGGGUUCAAAUCCCCAGUCGCUCAUUGAGCGUCCUUGGGCCAGUCACUGCCUUUCAGCCAAAUCUACCUCAAAGGGUUGUUGUGCAUCAGGGCUGUGUCAGGUGUGCAUGCAGGAGCCAGGCCCUGUGACUGAUAGGACUUUGCAGGACUGGGGCCUUCCUAAGUUUGUUCUGAAGAGGCGAGGCAUGGCCUCACA